AUGUGUGCUUGUAGUCGAAUGACUAUCCGCAAUCAUGGCAGGGAUUCAGGGAAAAGAUUUGUGCGGUGUCUGGGUCGGAAAUAAGUCAAGGGGACGUCUGCUAUUUGUAAUGCAUGGAUAUUUUCCUCAGCGCUGAAUGAAACGAAGAGACACGCAAAUAUUUUCUGCUGCAGAGCUUUACUUUUCUUUGUCAUGGAUUUUGAAUUGGAAUUUGCAAAUUACGUCUAAUUUAUUAUUUUAGCCUAGAAAGAGCAGAGCAAAGUGCGUGGCUGCUAGCAAACCGCUAGCUACUAGGAUAGCUUCUAUCCAACUAACUUCAUUAGCUACUCUACGUUUUUAAAUGUUGUCUAAUAUCAUUAUCUAGUUAGCUUUUUACCAGUUUAGUCGGUCUUGGCAACUUGUCUGUGUGUCGAUGACUCUCGACAGCCUUAAACAUUCUCCUAUCCUUUCAACUUUGUUUAAAAUGGCAGACGACAUAGAAUUGAUAGGAGCCUGUGAAUUAAUAAAAGGUAAGUUAACAUUUGUUAGCUGUGUGUGAACUUUCUGCUAAUUAGUUAUCGCCAACCUGGCUAGUUAGCCUUCUUAUUUUGCACCUCGCGAGCCAGUCUAAACUGUCUGUUAUUGAUACGAAUUGGUUCGAGAACAACUAACUAUGGCUACUGGCUAACUUGAUAACUUAUAUUUUCUUAUUUUCAAAGUAAACUAAGAUAGCGAAUUAAUCUGCUAUUUUGAGAUAAACUGACAUUUUGAAUGAAUGUAGUUUUGCACGGCAAAUCAGAUACUUUGUAAUCACAGCUCGCGGAAAGCGAGUGAUACAAUCGCACGAGUAAACAAUGUUGCCAACGCAGUCUUCCUUUGUAAAGUGUGAUGACAGAUUAUUUUAAAUAACUAAACCUAAUUGUUCUAUCUGUGGUGUGAUGACUGUUUUUAUGGCCCCUGAAGGUUUGCUGUUCAUACAUGUAUGUAUCCUUUUUAUUUAUUUAUUUUUUAGAUCGAUUAUAUUUUGCUACCCUAAGAAGCAAACCAAAAAGCACUGCAAACACGCACUACUUCUGCACGGAUGACGAAUUUAUCUAUGAAAAGUAAGUUUUGUUUUCCCCCUCAGUAUCUCUUCGCACUUCCAUUCGCUUCAGUGCAUUUCUUUAGCUACGCUCCACUGGACAGCGCCAACAAGUGUUGCUGGGGCUGCUGAAGAGCUUUCAUGCAAUUAUGUAACAGCUUUUAAUUGAACGUUUUCCAAUUCAGAUUAAUAAAGCCAUUGUGUUCCACUCGGCUUGGGGUUGACCAAUGGUUUACAUAAUGCAAGCGUUUGAUUAACCCUCCCUGUUGAACUUGUGAAAAGGAAAGUAAAACAAACAAAAUGGUGGUUCAAUACACACAUUUCAUUGAUAAGAAAUAUGACAGAUGGGGUUCAUUCGUGAAUUAGGAUAGCUAAGUCAUCUCUAUAUUAGGCAUUUCUAUGUAGAAUGGAAAUAUGUUUUAACCAGUCCAGUUAAAUGUUAAUUAUAUUUCAGCUUCUAUGCGGAUUUUGGACCCCUCAACCUAGCCAUGCUGUACAGAUACAGCUGUAAACUCAACAAAAAGCUGAAGGUAAGUCAUGUGCCUCUCUGUUCAUGCCUUUCCUCAGUAAGAAUGUAUGUUAUGCAUCUGUGACAACAAAACCAAUUAGUGUAGUUCUACCUCGCACACCCUCAUUGACAACAACCGCAAGGACUGUGGCAUUUGAAAACAUGCCAACACAUACAGUAGUGUAGAUUAUGGGGUUAGUUUUUAGAUAAUUACAAAACCCACACACUGCCCCCUCGGCUAGAGUUUAGCUACUUGCAAGGACAAUACUAAAUACAGAGGCCUUUAGCUAUAGUAUGUGAGCAUCUUUGGCAGUGCAUCUCAUUGUAAAACCAUUGUGAAACUAGAAGGGUAGGUAUGGAAUGAAUGGACAAAAUAAAAGUCCUCUGACCAUGUAAAAUCAAGGCUUUGGCAAAGUAAUUGGCUUUCUGUUUUUAGCCACUGACUCACCUGUCCCAAAGCUGCGUUGGCACUUUCCCUCGGACACAGAGAGUCAUUGGAGAUGCCAGGAUAAUCUGUGUGGGUUGACACAACACCACAAUCUGCUCCAGCUCGUAGUGUAGGCUACAAUAUACACUCAGUGGCCAGUUUAUUAGGUACACCCAUCUAGUACCAUGUCGGACUCCCCUUUGCCUCCAGAACAGCCUGAAUUCUUCAGGGCAUGGAAACGUUGUUCAAUUGGUAUAAAGGGACCUAACGUGUGGCAGGAAAACAUUCCCCACACCAUUACACCACUGCCACUAGGCUGUACCAGAUAGGAUGGGCCCAUAGACUCAUGCAGCUUACGCCAAAUCCUGACUCUGUCUUCAGCAUGACGGAACAGGAACCGGAAUUCGUCGGACCAGGCGAUCAUUUUCUACUCCUUAAUUGUCCAGUAUUGGUGAUCGUGUGCCCAUUGGAUGUUUUUAGCUGAUAGGAGUGGAACCUGGUGUGGUCAUCUGCUGCAAUAGCCCAUCUGUGACAAGUACUGUUGCGUUCCGAUAUGCUGUUCUGCACACCACUGUUGACCUGCGCCGUUAUUUGGCUGUUUGUGGCCCGCCUGUUAGCUUGCAUGAUUCUUGCCAUUCACCUUCGCCCUCUCAUCAACAAGCUGUUUUCGCUCACAGGACUGCCGCUGACUGGAUGUUUUUUAUUUGUCGCACCAUUCUGGGUAAACCCUAGACCCUGUAGUGUGUGAAAAGCCCAGGAGGCCGGCCGUUUCUGAGAUACUGGAACAGGCACACCUGACACCGACGAUCAUACCCCACACUAAGUGGCUUAGGUAACUCAUUUUGCCCAUUUCUAACAUUCAAUCAAACAGUAACUGAAUGCCUUGAUGCCUGUCUGCCUGCUUUAUAUAGCAAGCCACGUGACUCACGAGCAAUAUUCCAUCUAAGCUGUGCGCCUGGGUCCCCGGGGCAGAGUGCAGAAGAAAUAUCAACCCACAGAGAGAAGCACGAGAUUGAACUUCACUCAACUUUCUAGAGUUUUCCCUGUUAGUUAACACUAUCAACGUUUCCCUUUACUGUGGCAAUUGUGUUCGAAUCAACGCAAUAUUAGCCACUUUCAAUGCAAUAUACCGAAACAAAACAAACUAUGCACAAGAUUUUGUUGUAGGCAGAACGCAUCUGAGUAGGGUUCUAUUGGGCAAGACUCAGCCUGUACACAGACUGGUGCAGCAUAAACAAUCAGAGCUGCAGUAGGCCUAUAUGCAAAUAGACCAUUGCCAUAUAUGGAUCUGGGCCAUUUACUUUCAACUGGACUGUAUUUACAGCUGUGGUCGUGAGUAGAUGUGCUUGUUUUGAGAUCAAAGUAAGAGCUGCAUGUAGCCACGUGUGCACAUUUUGUUCAUAUCCUUUGCUAGGUAGUGAGUUAUUGGCCCAGUUAUAGAUAAUUUGUAGUCCGCAAUAGGGGAGUGAUUGCUUCCGACAAGAGCACAACACGUGUACGUUUCUAGACAAAUUUGAAAGCGAAUCGGGUAAAGUUUGUUUUUGUCUUAAAGAUUUUGAGAUAGGCUUGAAUAAGCUGAGUAGCCAAUAGGCAUAGGGUAGCAUAAUUUGUCUGAUUCUCUGUGAUAAUGGUAUGGGAAUAAUGAUUUUGUAAAGUGUUUUCUUGCAUCAAACAACACAAACAUUUUCAGUCACCUCCUUGUCUGAAGGACAAGUGGAUAAACAGGUUAAUGUCAAGCCCUGCGUGUUUCAAAAGUCUCAUGGAAUGUAGGCCUACAUUGAACACCACACAUUGGCUGCUACUGUAGGCUGAAUGAUAGAACAGCUAUUUCCAUGUUAAAAUGGUAUGGGAUUAGUUUUCUCCAUAGUUUUUGAUGGUAGGACACUGGUAGGCCAACAUUAGGAUCAAAUAGCCACAGUAGCCUACUUGGUCACUGUUAAAACUGUAACUUAAAGCGGGUACAGCCUCAGUGUUCACAGUAAACGCACGUUGGAAGUUGCACCGAAUUUUCACAAUGUUCAAUUUUGCGCUCAGCAGACCUGAAAUUUGCUCAGUGCCGAAAAAUGUUUGAAGGAACAUUGCUCACAAACCAUUUUCGUGAACGGGGUGGUGUACCUUAUAAACUUGUGUACCUAAUAAACGGUGUAUUUUGGUCUAUUCUGGAGCCUCCCCAAAGAAUGAUUAGAUACUACUGUUUGUCAUGUUUGGUGCAAACAAAAUCUUCAGUGAUUAUUAGGCUACCACUAUUGAUAACAGGAUGUUUGUAGUUGACAUCCAGAAAAAAGUAUAUGCCUAUUGGCACACAUACUAAAUUAAAAUUAGAAAGUAAAAAUGUUGAUCUAUAACCAGGUUUCCAUCCAACCUUUUUUUAGGCGAGUAAAGUAAAUAUCUGACAAAAAUUGUCAUGACAGGCCUGAUGGAAACAAAACAUUUGUCAGUAAACUUUCCAAAUGUUGACUAAACAAAAUAUGCUAGACAAGGUGCGAUCUUUCUGUGUCUGUACAUUUAUUUAUGUGUAAAAUGUAGGUGGAAACGCUUUUAUGCGCAUCUAUUGAUAUAAUGACCAUCAUAUCAAAGUAAACUUGGAGUCACGCGAUGAUGUUGUGUGGUCCUCCCACUACGACUCGUCGGGAAAGCAUGCAGUUUAUUAGGAUACAGAUUAAAUAAAUUAUGAUGAACUUUACAGGGUGGUGAAAGGUGAUGAGCUUGAUGCUCCUUUCCAAUAAACAUCAAGGGUCUUAUUCAGGUGACAUGAUCAUCGAUGCUUGCCGUUUGACAAACAAAUUAUCUUGCCCUUUUGUAUAACAAUCUCAUCAUGUAGGCUAUACCUGCACUGUAUCUGCCAGCUGUUGGCUAGAGCGCAUGUGCCAAUAACAGAGAGGGGACACUCGCUAUAUAACACAAACAUUUUUGUGAGAGAACCAUCAGUAGACUUAAAAAUGCGAUGGAAACCCUUUUAACUUUAUUUAACCGCAAAAGGUAUUUUUAAGUGCACUACGUCAUCAUGCACAGCCUUUUAUCCCCAACAAGUCAAUUUGAUGGAAACAUCUCUGGUGGGAAAAUGUGCAUAUUGUUUUUAUGCAGAUUUGAGAAUAUUCGCAUAAAAAUGUGUCGCCAAUUGGAUGGAAACCUAGCUAGUUUAAAAGGAUUUCAGUGGUUAUGCCUGUCAAGUUCAUGGCAUGUUUAUAAAGCUAUCUUUGUUCUUGUUUAUGGAUGUGCAUUAGAAUUCAUUUGAGUUCAAUCAGGGCUUUUAUCCAGGAGUCGUAACACUUCUGCUGUUUACGAUGAUCUAUGACACUUUUAUGCCAAUUUCUACAUUAAUUCAGUUGCUGUUAGGCUAACCUGAGUAUUUGAGUUCUUGUCGUCAUUCUGGGUGCUUAAAUUCUCCCAAUAUGUUUAUUGUUCAGCAAUCUCAAUUAUCUUCAGAGGUAUGUGGGGUAAAGGAGAUGUGAAGUUCUUGCUAGGUCAACACAUUUUUUUUGCUCUCAAUUGGCCUUUUUAAAAGGCCCACCAGGCCAAAACCUUCUCAUAAGACCCUGGUCAAGGGGAGCUUCCAACUUCUCGGACACACACACAUUUUGUCUAACUCAUGCCUUUCUACCCCCAUGUGAAUGUUACUCUCGGAAAGAGAGAGUUUCAUUAAUAGAGGUUCUGCGUCUUUUUGUCCUGUCAUUUUUCCGUCGACGCAGACAAUCUGUAGGUCUGUCGUAUGUAGGUGUUGGUCGAUGUUGAAGGUAAAGUCUCAAGCAAGCUUGAUGUUUUUAUGGCUGUCUCCCCCUCCCUCCUGUCCACGCCACCACGCUUUGUCCUCCAGUGUUUGUGUUGUGAACAGUGUGUUGCCCUAGGGACAACAUUCCUUCGAACCUCAUUGGUUUGGAUCUGCUGCAUGACAAGUAGAGUAUCAUCGCGGAGAGAAAAUACCCCCAAGAAAAGUGGACAACCCUGAUUUGAGAAAUGACACCGUUUUGGAGGAUGUGAACAUCCCACACCUGUGGGACUUGAGAUCUGGUGCUUACAGAGUCCAUUUGAUAUGUGUUGUUGCCCCCACUCACCUACCCUAUUUCCAAAUCCUCUCACCACUCAUGCUUCUGUCUGGCCUGGCCUCAGUUUGGUCUGGCUUAACCUGCUUAACUCUGACCUUUACCCAGAGAGGAUCAAGCAAGUCUAAACAUAUGUUGUGUUCACUGCUCAUGAUAUUUGUGAAGUAGAGUAGAUUUAAUUCAUUUCCCAGAUCAUUUCAUAAACAUUACAAAGCCAUAAUUCAAAUCCAUCUGUCUAUUGGAAAUAUAUUUCUUCAAUAUCUUGGAGGUUUAGGCCUAUUAUUUUAGUCGUAGGCCUACAUCCUCUAACAGCCUUGUUAGCUAGUCUUUUGAAGUAUUUUACAUAUAAGGUGAAAGUAUUAAAGCAGAUUGAGUCUAUUUCCCCCACAGUGCAUUGUGGGCUAUGUCCUCAUGCUCAUAUAGCCAUCACUGUACUGGAAACACUGACAGUGUAGUACGUAGGCUACAUUUUUCUGUGAUAAAGCAUUUUUUUCUAUAAAGACUAGCGUAUUGUUGCCAUGAAUGUAACAAGUAGGUCGCUUCCCUCAUGCCUGGGUGAUGUUAUUGGCCUUUUUCUAAUUUGGACAAAAGUCCGUCCUCCACCCUCUCACCUCCGUCCUCUCUCCUCCGUGACCCAGAAGCCGGUAAGUGGUCGAAGAGUGUCUCCCCUCCUCGAUAGCCACCUUUCAUUGAGGAUAGAGUUUUGAAAUCUGCCACACCCCCUUUGAAUCAGCUUUUGUUUUGAAAAGCAUGCACACGUUUUAAAAACAACAUGCUACUUAUCGUUUUAACUAUAAAAUGUCUAGCACAACUAACUUAGUUUGUAUCACUUUACACAUGUAUUUUGGGAUCCACCCCUGUAAACAUAAUUUGCCUGAUGACCCGCUAGUGGCAAAGGAGUCUCAUUUCAUACAAGCACAUUUUCGUCCACGUUCCCUCUCCUCGCCACCUCUUCUCGAUUUACCUUUGACAUUUUUUCAAAAGGAGGCAAGAGAGGACGGAGGGGAGAGGACGCAGGAGUUGAGCAAAUCCAAUUGAGGAAAGGCCAUUGAUUCAUGACCACACCCUUCCACUGUAUGUUGCUGCCUAGGUUUUCCUCUCGGGGGCGGGUCAUCCUUACAAGCCUUUGUGGUUUCAUUUCCAUACCUCACUUCAAUUAGGAUAGACUCAAGCAUGCUGUUCCUGAUAUUACUGAUUAGCCCUAUGUAGCAGCGUCUAUCUUCUAGGUUGCCUGUGCUGCUUCAAGAGUGCUUUGGCCGCCUCGGGCAGUGAUUCUGAACGAGAACACUGACUGGGCACACACACCUGCAGCCCACCUGUUCUGCCAGCGGCUCCUCUCCCUAACGGAUCAAUGGUGUCCUGAGCAUCUACCACAGCGUCUAUCUGCAUCUGUCCAAAUAAUAUAGCCUAAUAUAAUAUAAUAUACAAGCCAGAACCAGAUGUUCCUUCAGGUCUAUUAAUUAGCCCCGAAACUGACACGUUCUUGCAUCUUUUUUGAGUAGAAAAUAGGAGGCUGCCGAGUUUAUCGUUAUUGAUUUCUGUGUGUGGCAUUAACACUAGUAUUUAUAGGACUAGUGUGUUUCAAUGCCAGAUAGAAAUGCAUGAUCAUGCACAGUGCUGUACAACCUUUGGUCACCUAACCAUUGUUGUUUAGACAUGGUUUAGUUGAGUUUGCUGUGACUCAUCCAGUGUUUGUAGAUAUCUUUAUCAAUUAUUCUAAUCUAAAGUAGCUUUAAUGUGAAGAGGUUCUAAAUUAAUGUGAUUGUUGCUGUUUUUCCUUACAUGUAUUUUUCUCCUUUUGUCUGCAGUCGUUCACACUGACCAGAAAGCGAAUCGUACACUACACCAGCUUUGACCAGCGGAAAAGGGCUAAUGCUGCUGUUUUAAUCGCUGCCUAUGCUGUGAGUAUCCCCUCCUCCUCCUCCUCCCUUUCUUUCUCUCUCGCAUUCUCUGCAGGGAAGGAAGUUAGGCAAGGGGAAAAAGUGUAUUUUGGGCCGUUGCGUCAUGCUGCACCCCUCAAAAAAAUGCAGCUCUACUCAUUUUGCAUUAGUAUCAAUGUACCCAGAUGGCCCUGAUGCACUUUUCCCCUAGUGUGUUUCUGCAGUAUUGUUGUCGACCCAGGCCUUUUCAGUGCUUCUUUCAGUCAAUGCUGAUUUCCUUUUAAGGUGGCACAACCCCUGACGUUUUAACCCUGCCAGCCAGGUCUCUCGCUGACUCCCUUGGAGAAAUGGAUGGGAGAGGACUGGUAUAGACAGCCCUAUUGUCCUGCCACAGUGGCCCAAUCUUCCAGCCCCUUUAAAUGCCCAGCAGCUCAUGUUGCACUAGUCCCUAUUCAUUUGGUCCCUUGCUGCCAGCCAUGGUUGAAGGCUGUCCUUUCACUCCCAGUCAGAUACCAGCCUUGACUGUAAUGUGUGACGGCAUCCCCUGCCAGCUGGCCGCUCUGUCACAUGGCAGUAAACGAGAGGAUUUAUCCGGAUCUUUUGUUGUUGCUGUGCUAUGAUGAGGAUAUGCCUUAUGACAGAGGCCGGAGAUGGCAUGAUGAUGAUCUUUUCAGGCAAUGUGGGUCAGUAGUGUUUUACUCCGUGGACUGUGCCCUUACCCCAAGGGAACAGACAGAGGAACAGCAACCGUCAUGACAUACUUUGUAUGUAAUUUAAGGCCCUUUUCUGAAUAUCUUUCCAUUGUGAUGCCCUGCAUGGACUAGAAGCACGAUAUAGGCUAUAUCAAUCUUCCUUCUGGUUUUGGCCCUUAAUGGCUGUGCACAUGAUUGAUAAAACGCAGAUGUUGGGUUUCUCACUGUAAACAUGGUUUUCUUAACUAGCUAGUCUAUAUAAAUCCCAAAGUAUAUUCUUAUACUGGCCUGGCUUGGAUUGAAUAGGGACCAUGGUCCUCAGAACUCUUUAGAUGUGUUCGAAUUCCCAUACUAACAUACUGUAUACUACAUACUUAAUGAGUAUAUACUAUUAGUUCAUUUUAGUAUACUGUAAACGAACGGUAUCGUUUCAGCUGAGCAUACUAGCGCUUCGCCUGUCUACCGGAAGUUGAUGCUGUUGCUAUGCAACCUCUUGCUAGCAUGUUAGCAUUACAAAUGACUAGCUAGACAUUUUACGAUUUCGGGUGUGUUACUAAAUUAAAUCUGGAGUGACAGAGAGACCUCUGGGCGUUCGUAAAUUCAGAGCGUUUUGCUCUCGGAGCGUUCAGAGCGCACACUGGACACUGACCUAGGAGUAGGGUUGAUCCAAGCGUUCUGACCUUACAACGGUAGUCAAGCACCGAAGCUAACUGGCUAACGUUGGCUAGCUACUUCCAGACACAAAUGAGAGAACACCUCACUCUGACCAUUUUACUCGCCCUAGCAGAGCUGGUUAGGCUGUUUUCAUGUUAUCCAGAGCGUUGGUGACUGUAACUGUGCUGCUGGCAACAAUUUAAUAACGAUUAUUUUUGGCGCCGUUUACUGACACCGGCCAUAUUCAAUGGGUGUUCAACGUUUGUAAAUUCCUCAGUUAUUCUGCACUCUGGCACGCUCUGAAAUCGGAGUAGAUAGCCAGAAUGAACUAUGUCCAUUUGAGAACGCACAACGACUAUACCACUUAGCUAAGAAUGACGUGAAUAAUCAAGUCAAUAAACGUUGGGUAGUUAGAUAGCAUAUAGUUAAUAUACUGCCUGGCAAGUUCGAUGUAUUAGUAGCCAACUAAUUACAUUUACAUUUUAGUCAUUUAGCAGACGCUCUUAUCCAGAGCGACUUACAGUUAGUGAAUACAUCUUUUUUAUACUGGCCCCCCGUGGGAAUCGAACCCGCAACCCUGGCGUUGCAAACGCCAUGCUCUAUCAACUGAGCUACAUCCCUGCCGGCCAUUCCCUCCCCUACCCUGGACGACGCUGGGCCAAUUGUGCGCCGCCCAUGAGUCUCCUGGUCGCGGCCGGCUGCGACAGAGCUGGAUUCGAACCAGGAUCUCUAGUGGCACAGUUAGCACUGCAAUGCAGUGCCUUAGACCACUGCGCCACUCAGGAGCCAAGUCCAUAUCACCUAUUUAUAUCAUGUGUGACUCAUGUCACCAUUUGAAAGCUUUCAAGCAAUUAAUAAAUGUAUUCUCUGAACAUCCAACAACACUAUCCAAUAGCAGGGUGUGUAUCUCAGUGUGUGUGUGUGUGUGUGUGUGUGGAGGCUGUUAUGACACUCAGGUCAGGCUUCCCUUGAGCUCUUUGCCAGUUUGCUUCUUUUCCCACAGUUGCACAACAGCUGUUGGAAAAUCCCCCAAAAUGACGUACGUGUGUGUGUCUCUGUGUAUAUGUGUGUCUAGCUGGCGGCCUCUGGCCCUUUAGACUCUACGUACUCCAGGGCCUUCUCCUUGACAGCCUGGAUGCUCUCUGGUGUGCCAUUCUUCUUCUCAUACUCCAGGUAACGCUUGAAGAAGAACUUGAUCCUCUUCACCGCUACACUCAGGUGGAUCACACGGUCAAACACAGCCCGGACUUCCUAAUGUUAGGUAACUAGCUAACAUACCGGUACAUACUGCUGUAAUGCUAUGCGGUUCGUAAGGAUAGAGUAGCUAACAAAUUGUCAGCCAACAUAAUGUGUAACGUAACUUAUUUGAAAAGUCAUUACUUUAUUAUAUUGCUCCACAUUUUCUUAACAUUUGUCAUAAUUAGUUAAAGCAAUGAAUUUGUAUCCCCUCUCGCCUCUCGUCAGGGAUGUAGCUCAGUUGAUAGAGCAUGGCGUUUGCAACGCCAGGGUUGUGGGUUCGAUUCCCACAGGGGGUAUGAAAAAAAUUAUGUAUGCACUAACUGUAAGUCGCUCUGGAUAAGAGCGUCUGCUAAAUGACUAAAAUUUAAAAAUGUAAAAUGUAAUGUCAGACUUCGGCUGCAUAUUUUCUUCAAACGUUGUGAAGUCACGCCCAUUUUCUGAAGAAUUGCAUUAUGGGCCCUAAAAGUGCAUAAAUAGUGCCCACUGCUUGUAUACCAAGUAUUUUGGCGAAUUUAGUACGACAUCCGGGAACUUUUGGCAUACUAACUAUAUCCAUACUAUGACCAAUGAGCAUACUACAUACUCAAUUUACGUCACAAAUAGUAAGGUUAGUGAGGUUAGUAUGAGUAUUCGAACACAGUUUUUGUCUUGUUAGCAUCCCAGGCAGGGCCCCAGUCUCAUAGCUCUGGGUCUCCCAUGCUAGUUUAGUCCUGUCAGCAUGUCUAGACACUAGCCAUAUUGACACAUGGUCAGAUGCUUGUCAAUAUCUGUCCAUGCUACAAUAUCUGUACAUUCUACAUUUCCUGGAUUUGCCAAUAGGAGACUGAUGACCUUGUGGGUUGCAGGAGUUGAAUUGCACUGAUGGUGUGUCUAAUCUGUCACUCAGUGACCCUAUUAAAGCUGCUGUCAUUUAUUCCUUCCUAGACAAUCUCUCAAGGGUAGAUGCACAAGGCGACGCGCUCUGCUAAAUUUAGCCUGAACCCUGAUCGAUGCCCAAGAUGAACUCCUCAUUCAAUGACACUGAAUUAUCAGCACCUCUUUCAAAACCAGGCCAUAUCGUUUCUUCCCACUGCACGAGUGAUUGGCUCACAAAUGCACACAGAGGACAUAGCAUUCAGAAAUCAAUAUCAAGCCUGAUGAACUGGAACUUGGAUGUGAGGUUCGUCUGCAAUGUCGUAACCUCUGUUCUGCUGUGUGUGUGUCUAGCUAUUUAGCCUCCAUCAUGUGGAUUGUGUUGUCUUUAGUAAUGAGAGCAGGGAACGUGGCAGGGCUUUCUAACACUCCUUGUUGUUUUCUCUCCGUGGGUCUACAUUGAUCCGGUCAGGCUCCGUUGAGCCCUUCUGGCCCUGCUCUCAUUACAGAUGUUUUAAUACAAAUGACCCGCUUUGAUCCCAAGAGGAUUAUGUGUGUGGGACGAACAGCUGGCCCUGUGGGACUCCAAAUGAUGUGUCAUGGAUCACGUGGGACAACAUACACACACACCAGCAGUAGAAUUUAAGCUUGUGCAUUUCAGCGAUAUCCAAUUGUCUGACUGGUGAAUAUUUCAUGAAGCGGGAGCAGGAAAAACAAAGCUCUGUUCUACUUGCUGAGGAGACACAGGCUUCAUGCACUAUUUGGCCUCCAUGUCACCAGACCUACUGACACACAAGCUGCAUUCACAAGCCCACUCUCCCAUCCAAGCCUCCUAGUUGAGACAAAUCAUCCAGUCAACCUUUGCAAAAUGUCCAGAUUUGCUAAGUGUUUCACACCAGGGCAGUUUGGACCUGUUAUUUCAGCCUGGUCUCAUAGACUAGACGUAACAUAGUAAAUGUAAAUCCAGGUUACUCAAAUUAGUAUGAUAUGUCACGUUUGGUAUGGUUACAUAAGACAGAUGGUUACUUAAGGCAAAAACGAAAGUGGGGCGGAUAGGUGGGCAGGAAACCAGUCAGUUUCUGGUGUGACCACCAUUUGCCUCGUGCAGCGCGACACAUCGCCUUCGCAUAGAGUUGAUCGGGCUGUUGAGUGUGGACUGUGGAAUGUUGUCCCACUCCUCUUCAGUGCAAAGUUGCUGGAUAUUGGCGGGAACUGGAACACGCUGUCGUACACUUCAACCCAGAGCAUCCCAAACAUGCACAAUGGGUGACAUGUCGGGUGAGUAUGCAGGCCAUGGAAGAACUGGGACAUUUUGCACUUCCAGGAAUUGUGUACAGAUCCUUGCGACAUAGGGCCAUGCAUGAUCAUGAUGGCGGCGGAUGAAUGGUACGACAAUGGGCCUCAGGAUCUUGUCACAGUAUAUCUGUACAUUCAAAUUGCAAUCGAUAAAAUGCAAUUGUGUUCGUUGUCCGUGGCUUAUGCCUGCCCAUAACUCCACCACCACCAUGGGGCACUCUUUUCACAACGUUGACAUCAGCAAACUGCUCGCCCACACGAUGCCAUACACGUGGUCUGGUUGUGAGGCCGGUUGGACAUACUGCCAAAAUCUCUAAAAACAACAUUGGAGGCGGCUUAUGGUUGAGAAAUUAACAUUAAAUUCUCUGGCAACAGCUCUGGUAGACAUUCCUGCAGUCAGCAUGCCAAUUGCACGCUCUCUCAGAAUUUGAGACAUCAGUGGCAUUGUGUUGUCUCUGCCCUCCACUCUCUGUCGUUACGACUCCUUGUAUGGAUGUGGGAUUCCGAGGUGUUGAUUUUAGCAGUGUUUAGUUUGAGAGUUGAUUCAGAUAAGCCCUGCUUUUCUGACCCAGGGUUGGGAGAGCAGCACGUUCAUGGAUGGAUGAGUUGGCUAGUAUGUGUUUAUGUAGGCCUAUGUCCUCCAUUUGGAGAGCCUGUGGCGCUGUGACAAUGCCGUCUGGCCUCAGGGCUGAUGCCUGGGAAAUCUCAUGUGACACAUUGUCUCCUUGGCCCAGUCCUUGUCUCCCUCUCCCUGUUAUAUUCCCUUUCCCUGUUAUAUUAGUGCUCUAAGAACAAAUCUUUUCAAAACCAGAGUAAAUCGGGAAGCUGAAGGAUUAACAAAAUGAGGGAAUGAAAGCUGUGGCUUCAGUGAUUCCAAGCCAUGGUUUACUAACUGUGUUCUCUCACACACUUCCUCUGUCCUUCUCUCUUUCUCGCUCUCGCUCGCUCUCCUUUCUCUGUCGCUUUCUCUCUCUUUUACUCUCUUACUCUCUUACUCACACACUAAUUCAAUUUAAUUUCAAUUUAAGGGCUUUAUUGGCGUGGGAAACAUUAUGUUUACAUUGCCAAAGCAAGUGAAAAUGUACAUUAAAUGUUACACUCACAAAAGUUACAAAACAAUAAAGACCUUUCAAAUGUCAUUAUGUACAAAUAGUUAAAUAAAUAUGGGUUGUAUUUACAAUGGUGUUUGUUAUUCACUGGUUGCCCUUUUCAUGUGGCAACAGGUCACAAAUCUUGCUGCUGUGAUGGCACACUGUGGUUUUUCACCCAGUAGAUAAGGGAGUUUAUCAAAAUUGGGUUUGUUUUCGAAUUCUUUGUGGAUCGCUGUAAUCUGAGGGAAAUAUGUGUCUCUAAUAUGGUCAUACAUUUGGCAGGAGGUUAGGAAGUGCAGCUCAGUUUCCACCUCAUUUUGUGGGCAGUGUGCACAUAGCCUGUCUUCUCUUGAGAGCCAGGUCUGCCUACGCCGGCCUUCCUCAAUAGCAAGGCUAUGCUCACUGAGUCUGUACAUAGUCAAAGCUUUCCUUAAGUUUGGGUCAGUCACAGUGGUCAGGUAUUCUGCCACUGUACUCUCUGUUUAGGGCCAAAUAGCAUUCUAGUUUGCUCAGUUGUUUUGUUAAUUCUUUCCAAUGUGUCAAGUAAUUAUAUUUUUGUUUUCUCAUGAUUUGGUUGGGUCUAAUUGUGUUGCUGUCCUGGGGCUCUGUGGGGUCUGUUUGUGUUUGUGAACAGAGCCCCAGGACCAGCUUGCUAAGGGGACUCUUCUCCAGGUUCAUCUCUCUGUAGGUGAAGGCUUUGUUAUGGAAGGUUUGGGAAUCGCUUCCUUUUAGGUGGUUGUAGAAUUUAACGUCUAUUUUCUGGAUUUUGAUAAUUAGCGGGUAUCGGCCUAAUUCUGCUCUGCAUGCAUUAUUUGGUGUUUUACGUUGUACGCAGAGGAUAUUUUUGCAAAAUUCUGCAUACAGUCUAAAUUUGGUGUUUGUCCCAUUUUGUGAAUUCUUGGUUGGUGAGCGGACCCCAGACCUCACAACCAUAAAGGGUUCUAUAACUGAUUCAAGUAUUUUUAGCCAGAUCCUAAUUGGGAUGUAAAAUGUUAUGUUCCUUUUGAUGGCAUAAAGGCCCUUCUUGCCUUGUCUCUCAGAUCGUUCACAGCUUUGUGGAAGUUACCUGUGGCACUGAUGUUUAGGCCGAGGUAUGUGUCGUUUUUUGUGUGCUCUAGGGCAACAGUGUCCAGAUGGAAUACUGUCAGGGCCCAGGUCUGACAGAAUCUGUGCAGAAGAUCUAGGUGCUGCUGUAUUGGGGUCAAAUCUGUCUCCACUUUUGUGGAUUGCGGUGAACAGUCCUUGUUUACAAAUAUUGGGGAAGAUGCCAGAGAAGUGGUUUACCCAUACAUCUCCGUUUUGGAUAGAUAACUCUUCGUGUUGUUUGUUUAGUGUUUUCCAAUUUUUCCAGAAAUGGUUAGUCUAUGGAUUCAUCAAUUACAUUGAGCUGAUUUCUGACGUGCUGUUCCUUCUUUUUCCGUAGUGUAUUUCUGUAUUGUUUUAGUGAUUCACCGUAGUGGAAGGCGUAGGCUCAGGUUUUCUGGGUCUCUAUGGUUUUUAGUUGGAUAAGAUUCUCUAUUUCUUUCUUAGGUUUUUGCAUUCUUCAUCAAACCAUUUGUCAUUGUUAAUUUUCUUCUGUGUUCUGUUUGACAUUUUUAGAUUUGAUAGGGAAGCUGAGAGGUCAAAUAUACUGUUUAGGUUUUCUACUGCCAAAUGUACACCUUCACUAUUACAGUGAAAAUCUCUCCUCACUUUCACUCUCUAAUUGGAAUUUGUGGUCUGUAUAUUUUAUCAUUUCAUUGAGGAUACCAUCAACACCACAGGCUUUUUGGGGUUGGAGGGUUUUGAAUUUUGUCAUGUAGUUCAUUCAAUGUAAUUUGAGAAUGCAGUGGAUUUGUAGUUGAUGGUGUAUAUGUUUUUGCUGUUUGUUCUUUAUUAUAGGGCCAAAAAGAUUGGAGAGGUUGUUUAUCCAUACAUGUCAGUUUUGGAUAGAUAACUCUUCGUGUAGUUUGUCUCUUACUCUACUCUCUCGCUCUCUCCCUCUCCUCUCGCUCUCUCUCUCUCUCUCUCUCUCUCUCCCUCUCGCUCUCUUUCUCUCUCUCUCUCUCUCUCUCUCUCUCUCUCUCUCGCUCUCUCUCUCCCUCUCUCUUCUCUCCUCUCUCUCCUUCUCUCUCUCUCUCUUUCUCUCUCUCGCUCUCACUCUCUCUCUCUCUUACUCUCUCUCUCUUUCUCUCUCUCUCUCUCUCUUACUCUCUCUCUUUCUCUCUCUCUCUUACACUCUCGCUCUUUCUCUCUCUUACACUCUCUCUUACUCUCUCUCUCUCUCUCUCGCUCUUACACUCUCUCUCUCACUCUCACUCUCACUCUAUCUACCUACCUACCUACCAGGUCAUUUACUUAAAGAAGACCCCAGAGGAGGCAUACAGGGCUCUGAUCUCAGGCUCCAAUGCUUCAUAUCUUCCCUUCAGGUAAGACCAGACCAGCCAUGUCUUCUCUACCACACAGCAGCAUGAUUUCUAACCACAGAAACAAUAAUUUGAUAUUUGUCUAGGAAGCACAUCUUGGCUAAUUGCCUUACAUUUGUAUCAUUACAGUUGUAUCAUUCCGUACAAAUGCUUACAGAGGUUUUUGUUUACGUUGUGUCUCUGUAAACUUAUUCUGGAGCUUCAAGCAGCUCGCUAGACCUUAAUGAUUGGUUUAUUGGUGCUCCUCUGUCCUGUCUGGUUUCCACCUCCAGAGGAGACGGGCACCAGAGGCCUUCCCCAGUUCCCCUGUAUGUUUGUCUAACCUGACACUGACGCGCUGCCUGGCCCUGGGACAUCUAAUGCUCUGUAAUCACCCCUUCAUGCCACCUGACAACAAAGACCUAGGUCACAGCUCCACAACACCUGUCCCACUCCUCCCUCUGUGUCAUCCUCAUCACUGUCAUCAUUGUCCCUUAUAGUCAUUAUCCUCUUAUUAACAGGGUGUGUGUGUCUAACAAUAGAUUGGGCCUGUGUGUAUACAGUGGGGAGAACAAGUAUUUGAUACACUGCGGAUUUUGCAGGUUUUCCUACUUACAAAGCAUGUAGAGGUCUGUCAUUUUUAUCAUAGGUACACUUAAACUGUGAGAGACGGAAUCUAAAAUAUCCAGAAAAUCACAUUGUAUGAUUUUUAAGUUAUUAAUUUGCAUUUUAUUGCAUGACAUAAGUAUUUGAUCACCUACCUACCAGUAAGAAUUCCAGCUCUCACAGACCUGUUAGUUUUUCUUUUAAGAAGCCCUCCUGUUCUCCACUCAUUACCUGUAUUAACUGCACCUGUUUGAACUCGUUACCUGUAUAAAAGACAACUGUCCACACUCAAUCAAACAGACUCCAACCUCACCACAAUGGCCAAGACCAGAGAGCUGUGUAAGGACAUCAGGGAUAAAAUUGUAGACAUGCACAAGGCUGGGAUGGGCUACAGGACAAUAGGCAAGCAGCUUGGUGAGGAAGCAACAACUGUUGGCGCAAUUAUUAGAAAAUGGAAGAAGUUCAAGAUGACGGUCAAUCACCCUCGGUCUGGGGCUCCAUGCAAGAUCUCACCUCGGGGGCAUCAAUGAUCAUGAGGAAGGUGAGGGAUCAUCCCAGAACUACACGGCAGGACCUGGUCAAUGACCUGAAGAGAGCUGGGACCACAGUCUCAAAGAAAACCAUUAGUAACACACUACACCGUCAUGGAUUAAAAUCCUGCAGCGCACGCAAGGUCCCCCUGCUCAAGCCAGCGCAUGUCCAGGCUCGUCUGAAGUUUGCCAAUGUCCAUCUGGAUGAUCCAGAGGACGAAUGGGAGAAGUGGUCUGAUGAGACAAAAAUAUAGCUUUUUGGUCUAAACUUCACUCGCCGUGUUUGGAGGAAGAAGAAGGAUGAGUACAACCCCAAGAACACCAUCCCAACUGUGAAGCAUGGAGGUGGAAACAUCAUUAUUUGGGGAUGCUUUUCUGCAAAGGGUCCAUGUAUCGCGAGAUCUUGGCCAACAACCUCCUUCCCUCAGUAAGAGCAUUGAAGAUGGGUCGUGGCUGGGUCUUCCAGCAUGACAACGACCCAAAACACACAGCCAGGGCAACUAAGGAGUGGCUCCGUAAGAAGCAUCUCAAGGUCCUGGAGUGGCCUAGCCAGUCUCCAGACCUGAACCCAAUAGAAAAUCUUUGGAGGAAGCUGAAAGUCCGUAUUGCCCAGCGACAGCCCCGAAACCUGAAGGAUCUGGAGAAGGUCUGUAUGGAGGAGUGGGCCAAAAUCCCUGCUGCAGUGUGUGCAAACCUGGUCAAGACCUACAGGAAACGUAUGGUCUCUGUAAUUGCAAACAAAGGUUUCUGUACCAAAUAUUAAGUUCUGCUUUUCUGAUGUAUCAAAUACUUAUGUCAUGCAAUAAAAUGCAAAUGAAUUACUUAAAAAUCAUACAAUGUGAUUUUCUGGAUUUUUGUUUUAGAUUCCGUCUCUCACAGUUGAAGUGUAUUUAUGAUAAAAAUUACAGACCUCUACAUGCUUUGUAAGUAGGAAAACCUGCAAAAUCGGCAGUGUAUCAAAUACUUGUUCUCCCCACUGUGUGUGUACAUAAUGGUUCUGUAUGUAUGACGCAUGACUGGUGAGGCUCAAAUAACAUCCGGAGUGUCUCGUGUCCAUCAGAACCAGGUCAGUUAUUAUACCUGAAAAAGCAGUUGAAUCGAUGCCCUCUCGGAUAGUAAUUAUACUUCAUAUAGUAAGGUCUGUGGUUUUCCCAGGCUUGUGGCAAUGACAAAACAUUUUCUAUGUCCUACAAGUUUAGAUCCCCAAAAAUGUCUUCUUCAAUUAUUAAUCCUGCCUUACUCUGAAACAAAACACACUUGUUUUACUCUGUAUAUUCCAACCACUCCAUAAAAACACACAUCCUGUCUCUCUCCCAAGCAUUACAUGGACUAAUCCGCUUUCGCGUAGCGUAAGAUAUCUAUGCCUGUUGUGGAUCAGCGGACUCACUCUUUUUAAUAGGAUUGAACUACAUUUCAGAGGAGUGAAAGUGACAAAUACAAUAAACAGGAAUGUUUUGUUACCAUUUACCACUGUUACGUGCAAACAUUGUUUAAUCUUGAUGUUAUCCUGGUUUGUUUGUCUGUCAUAUAACACAAACAAACGAACAAACAGUUUUCAUGCAUCUGGAUGGAGUGGACGGUUUAGAAUAGGUAGCUGGAUUAGAUUAGCAGCUUUAAUUUGGGAUUAUAAGGAUGGGUCAGAUGGGGCUACUGUUAUCCAAGCCACUAUCAUCUUGGGUUAGGAUUGUUUUUGCAAUUGGCCACCUCCUUGUUAGUUUGACCUUUUCCUUGAAUAAAUCACAAAUACCAGGAACGAGGCUAUAGUCGUGUGUGUGUGUGUGUGUGUGUGUGUGUUGGGGGGGUGGGGUGUACAUGCUCUGUAGCUAAUAACCUUAUCUCAUCAGCUCCUUCCUAAUGAACUGUGGAGUGAGUAACACCCUCAUGACCACAGUCCCAUCGGCAUUCCAAACCAAUUCCACAUGGAGGUCAGGAAUUGGGGUGGGGGGAACAUUAAUGUGGUAGCGGGAAAGGGACUGAGUGAAUAAUGUGAAGGCAUGUCGUGCUGUUGCACCCUCUCUGCCCCUACAUUGACCUGUAUGUUUGCUGUCUUUACUUGUCUUGCACACACUAACUGUGAUUCAUUGCCCUGUGACAUGGGUUGGCAGCCAGGCUCUAGGAUUGAUUUGGGUAUUGUUGGCUUGAGUUAUGAUAGUGACAGAUAUUGGCUCUUCGGGCUUGUCUCAACCUGCCUGCGUGUUUAGAGCGAGAAUGACAGUUUACAUGACCAGGUCUAUUGGGCCCCUAGCUAACGGGAUGGCACUUAUGUAAUAUGUUUGAAAUUGGUUUAGAAUGAACUAGGGGAGCAUGGCGAAGAAGGGUGAUGGCGUUCUCAUCAUUCCAUCAUUAGGCUCUCUGGUCCAGCGCUUGAAAACGUGCAGUCUGUAAUGUUCAUUUUAUUUCCCCCCAGUGGUAGCUUGAGGAAUUACAAACACAAACAACUAAAGUCAAACAGCAAUUUGAAUAGCUUUAAGAGCUGUGUGAGUAUUCCCAACUAACCUACAGCCUAUAGGCCUAGUUUUAUGUACUUGUACAGAGAGGCUGGACCAACCCUCCUCCCAUCACUCUGCAUAGCCAGCACUGUUUAGUUUUCUUUUAACUGGAUUUGAUGGAUAUCUUGAGCUACUUUUAGAAAGUCUAUUUCUAACUGGGCCUUUGACCUUGACUUUUCCUCCAUCUCUCCCCAGUGGUUCCCUCCAGAGGGUCAGUCAGUGUGGUUAGAGAAUGUUGGCAUGCUGGGAUAGAGGUAGGAAGGGAGGGGUGAUAGACGGAGGGAGGGAGGGACACAGAUGCUACCCUGAGGGAUGAUCCCAGUAUCGCGAUAUUGUCACAUCCCUACUCAGUAGUGGUUGACCUAUUUUAACUGUGUGCAGGCUGGAGUUUGAGAUGGGAUUGUUACAAUGUCAUGACGGGGAAAUGGAUGGACCCACACACACAUGCACAGUGGUACAUAGACACACAUUACGGUACAGAGACUCACACACUAUGGCAUAUAAUCACACACAUGGUUUAUGUGUGUGCGCGUGAAUAUGUGGUUUGUGAGUCGUGUCACAGUAACUGAGCUCCUCAUGCUUCCAACACACUGCUUUGUGUUGGUGGCCUCUUGAAGGUUCUUGGUUGGACCUCUGUCCCAUUCACGUUGAAGCUCCUGUCAGUAGCAGAACACUCACAGCCUGCAGCGACACUCAAACCUAGAGAGCAGUAAGGGAACACAACAGCUGAAUUUGACCCAGAUUAUUUCUGCCAUCUACAAUAUGCAUACGAAAUGAGGAAUCAAGUAAACUCACGCCGCAUAAUGUUCAUUCUGAGAUUGUGUGUGUAUGAGACAGAAACUAUGUUAUUGACUAUGCCAAAUAGGGCCGCAAUGCAAAUGCUUUGAUUUUGUGAAAGAUCUCUUCCACAUUGUCUGGUGUCCUCUCUCAGGGCCAACUCUCUGCAAGCAACAUCCCCAUAAGAACAUGGUCUUACGCUUUGCACCAUGAAUAUACAGAGCCCUGUUUCAAGCCCUGUUUCAAAACGGAAUGUUUUUUUAUUAUCCUUUGUCGCUGGCCUAUUAUUUAAUUUCCAUCUAUCCCAUAAUAUGAGACACUCCAAAUGUCUCCAAGGUGACCGUCAGUGUCACCCUCAGACUGUAUCUCAGGGGUUCUAUAUCUAGGAUGUAAACUGAGAAGUGGAUGGUGACAUCACUGUUGUCCUGGCUCAAUGAUUGGUUCAAUUGGAGCAUUCCUCUUGGUACCCAUGUCCCACAAAGAUGAUAUCAUUUAUUUUAUAGAUUUGGAAAGGGGUUGCUUAUUUAUGUGUGUGUGUGUGUGUGUGCAAUGGGGAUGUUUUCUAUAUUUUGAAUCUUGUAUGGGUGUUUGUGUGUGUGGAGGGUUGAUACAAGGAUGCUACAUUGGCUGUCCUCCACCAAUCUCUCUGAAGUACUUAGAAAAACAUGGAGACUAACUAUAUAGCCUACCCUAUUCAAGGAGCACCUUGUAUACCCUCUUAUCCAUAGGUCCUCCUAUACAGUAGCCAUGUGUGGGCUCCAGCAUAUUGUUUUUCCAAUCUCUGAUGUGUUCAUUGCGACACUAUCACACACUCAUCUUUCAACGAAUUGUUCACUCACGCCUUCAUUUCUUUGUGUUUCAGGGACGCCUCGUUUGGAAAUUGCACAUACAACCUGACGGUUCUCGACUGCUUACAAGGAAUCCGGAAAGUGAGUUUUAUGUAUUUAUGGACUUAGUGGAUUUACAGUAAAUGGUAACGUUAAAUAGAAAGCAAUCCGUUGUGUAACAUAUCUGCUCCCUCCUGUCCUCCCUCUUUCACCAUUCUAAGCACUUUCUUAUAUCCAAGGCUAAGCCAACACUUUACAGGAAGUGAUGCUGGCCUUUAGUUACUCAGUAACUACCAUGGUGACCUAAACGUAAAUACGGUACUUAGGUCAACAUUGACAUGUGUAGUUACUGUGUAAUUACUGUAAUUCUGAAUGAGUUACCAAAUUAUUUGACACCCUACACAUCUACAUGGUAUAUCUGCAGCUUAACCUAAAGUUAGUGACACCUUCAGCCUAAACUGAGGAAAUCUAGACUUAUUUCUACUUAACGAGUUAGGAUGAGUCUUGCAGUGUGACGGGGUUACAAAUGAAAUGACCCAAGUCUUUCAUCUGUCUCAUAAAACCAAUUAUAAACUGGGUGGUUCAAGCCCUGAAUGCUGAUUGGCUGACAGCCGUGGUAUAUUAGACCGUAUACCACGGGUAUGACAAAACAUUUGUUUUUACUGCUCAUAUUGCAUUGGUAACCAGUUUAUAAUAGCAAUAAGGCACCUCGGGGGUUUGUGGUAUAUGGCCAAUAUACCAUGGCUAAGGGUUGUAUCCAGGCACUCCGCGUUGCGUCGCGCCUAAGAACAGUCCUUAGCCGUGGUAUGUUGGCCAUAUACCACACCCCCUCGGGCCUUAUUGCUUAAAUAACCUGCUUUCAUCCAACCAAUAUAGCAUUGAGACUCCAUGCUCAACCAAACCUGCCAUAGCAGUCUAAAGCAUUGUCUUUGUUUACAGCUUUGCCCGCACAUCCUGACCUAGCAUUAUUAAGACCGUAAUCCCAGACUGAGGGCAGAGUUAUGUAAUCCAGCGGGGUGAUCAAAUGUUGUGUGUAGUCUAUGGGGUACGAGGGUGUUCUACUUUGUCGGGGGGACGGUAAUGUUACCCUGCAGGUGAGCGGUAGGAAGGUAGCAUGGCCUCACGUGGCACAGCAGGUGGGGCACUCUUACCUGCAGCUACAGGGACAAAGGCUCGCUUGCUCGCUCGCUCGCUCUCUCCCCUUAGGUUACACAGUGGCUAAGCUGGGGAUUUAUUGUGCCAGCAGUGUGUGCCUCUCAGUCUGUUCUUAUCAUGGCUUACUAAUCCUCCUCCAAUCAGCCUUGGAGGUCAGUAUGUGGGUAGAUGCAUCUCCCAGAACAUUCCCUAUAGAUACAGCAUCUCCCAGAACAUUCCCUAUAGAUACAGCAUCUCCCAGAACAUUCCCUAUAGAUACAGCAUCUCCCAGAACAUUCCCUAUAGAUACAGCAUCUCCCAGAACAUUCCCUAUAGAUACAGCAUCUCCCAGAACAUUCCCUAUAGAUACAGCAUCUCCCAGAACAUUCCCUAUAGAUACAGCAUCUCCCAGAACAUUCCCUAUAGAUACAGCAUCUCCCAGAACAUUCCCUAUAGAUACAGCAUCUCCCAGAACAUUCCCUAUAGAUACAGCAUCUCCCAGAACAUUCCCUAUAGAUACAGCAUCUCCCAGAACAUUCCCUAUAGAUACAGCAUCUCCCAGAACAUUCCCUAUAGAUACAGCAUCUCCCAGAACAUUCCCUAUAGAUGCAGCAUCUCCCAGAACAUUCCCUAUAGAUACAGCAUCUCCCAGAACAUUCCCUAUAGAUGCAGCAUCUCCCAGAACAUUCCCUAUAGAUGCAGCAUCUCCCAGAACAUUCCCUGUAUUUAAUGGCAAAUCUCCUAGUGGUCAAAAUGGAAUGAGAACUAAACAAACAAAACCCAGAACAUCCUUAUGCCACCUUAGGCUUUUUCUUUUGUCUAUUAAGUUCAGUAUAUUUCUGUGCAGAGUGUGUGCAAACCUGGUUAUAUUUAGUUGCUGGAAGUCAUGGAGAAAUCUUUACAGUGCUGUUUUCUAGCUAUCUUUACAGUGCUGUUUUCUAGCAUGUUUUGACAUGGAAUGGAGGGCCUCUAGUUAAAUUGGGAUAAUGUGAACUUCCUUAUUACGUACAUAGCAUCAACACUUGGUGGCAACUUACUACAACCGAAUCUGUGUGUGUUUGGCCAUGUCAUUCCAGAAAGACUUGUCAUACAACCAUCGGACAGGAAUGUUUCAGAUCCCUCUGCACAUUCCAGCUUUUUCCGUUAUCUUCCCAAAAAGGCCCUAGCACCCACCCCCACCCCCCUUCACUACGUCAUUCCCCAAAAACCCAGGAAAUGUCUCUUCCCAUUGUGAGAGGCAGGGAAUAACAACAACUUAAUCCAUGGCAGUAUUGAAACUUUUCAGCGAUUUGAAACUCCAGUGCCCAUUUAUUUGAAAUUAGGAUUUGGGGGAAUUUAAAUUUGUUUCCUUAAUUGUCAUGAAAUGUAUUCACAUCCUGGUAUAGGCUAGUAUAGCCCUCAGAACAACUUGCCUACUUUCCUUCGUUGCUGUAUUGCAGGUGGUUUAAGCAUCCAUUUCCCCACCUCUUUAUGGCCCUGUAAUGCUGUGAGUCUCUAAUGUAUGGUGUUGGCUCAGACGGCUGCCUGCUGUGUUAAUUGCAGGCUGUUUCGGUUCUAAUCACAGUGAUCUGUUCCAUGAUUCACUGUUUGGCUGUUUUCUCUGCUCUGUCUUCUCCCAGUGCCUCCAUUAGCAUGUCACUGUGCUAAAGAAUUAAUCGCUUGACACACUUAUGUGUCGUACACACCAGGGUUUCCGUUAGCUGGAAAUACCAGUCGAUGUGCUCCAACUUCAAAGGCAAAUAUACUUCAUAGGCUAAUAAAUCCUCAAGCUGCUGGGACAUUAGUGUCGGGUGUUUUCAAUUUUUACUCCCUCAAAAGACGCGAGGUCCUCAUAGGGACUUCAGCUAAGUGUACCCUGACUGGGCAAAAUUGGGCAGAAUUGUGUUGAUUAUCCCCGUUUCCAGUGUGCCCGCCAAGAGGGGAUUCUUUCUCCAAAACCGAGUAAAGUCUGCCUCAAGAUGGCGCCUUCUUGAGGACAAAGUAACAAAGCUGAUGUGCAUAAAGCUGCUCCAAGGAGUUGGACAGUGUUGACUUCCCAACUGCAGCGGCUCACUGUGAUCAGGCCAAGGUCUGCCGCAAACACAAGGAAAUUAGAAGCACAUUAUUGUGUUCAUCAGGCCCAGUCCUAGCAGUUCUGCUGCCACCUUAGGCAAGAUCAACACCAUGCUGCCCCUGUCAUGUAUAAUAUAAAGAUUUGGAAUGGAUUGAUAGACUAGAGUAGACUAAGGAUGUGUAUCAUGCGCAAGUGGGUGGACGCCCUAAUGUGUUACGCACCUAAUGCAUAUGGAUGUUCGGUAAAUUUAUCAAAUGUCCGGUAAAUCUAAAAUCUUGCAGGUCACGUUGUCCGGCGCCAAAUUUUCCUAACGAAAACCGUGGUACGCACGUACGCACACACACAAGUGUACACACACACACACAAACGUACAUACAGCACACAGAGACAGGUGGGUCAGGCACCACAGUAUAAACUGUUUAAAGUGAUUUGCUUCCUUUGUAAACCUUAACAUGGUACAGAGAAGGAGUAAGACAUUUUCACCAUUGUUUACCCUGGCUGGCAGAGGGGUUCAUUCUCUAAGGGACCUGCUGCCCAGGAGAACUGAGAACAGGUACGUAAUACAGACCUGGGGGAGAGAGCAGCUCAGACAGCUGUCAACACCACAGACCUGACAGGGAGAAUAGGAGAUGGAAAGAGGCUUUGUGUGUGUACACAUGCCCACAGCUCGCUCACGUGUCCAAUGUUUGUGUGCAUCUUUGUCCACUCAGUUUCUCUGUCUGAACUGGAUAGUCUCCUACACUGCCUUUCCAUUGAUUUCUGUUUUAUAAAGUGAUUUUAAAUUUAAUUCACUGUUUUUAUAAAAUUGAAGGUCCCCAGUGGCCAUUAUUCUUAAAUGGAAGAAGUUUGGAACCACCAAGACUCUUCCAGUAGCUUGCCACCCAGCCAAACUGAGCAAUCAGGGGAGAAGGACCCGAUGGUCACUCUGACAGAGCUCCAGAGUUCCUCUGUGGAGAUGGGGGAACAUUCCAGAAGGACAACCAUCUCUGCAGCACUCCACCAAUCAGGCCUUUACGGUAGAGUGGCCAGACGGAAGCCACUCCUUAGUAAAAGGCACAUGACAGCCCUCUUGGAGUUUGCCAAAAGGCACCUAAAGGACUCUCAGGCCAUGAGAAACAAGACUCUCUGGUCUGAUGAAACCAAGAUUGAACUCUUUGACCUGAAUGCCAAGUGUCACAUCUGGAGGAAACCUGGCACCAUCCCUACAGUGAAGCAUGGUGGUGGCAGCAUCAUGCUGUGGGGAUGUUUUUCAGCAGCAGGGACUGGGAGACUAGUCAGGAUCGAGGGAAAGAUGAACGGAGCAAAGUACAGAGAUCUUUGAUGAAAACCUGCUCCAGAGCGCUCAGGACCUCAGACUGGGGUGAAGGUUCACCUUCCAACAGAACAACGACCCUAAGCACACAGCCAAGACAACACAGGAGUGGCUUCAGGACAAGUCUCUGAAUGUCCUUGAGUGGCCCAGCCAGAGCCCUGACUUGAACCCGAUCUAACAACCCCCGGAGAGACCUGAAAAUAGCUGUGCAGUAACGCUCCCCAUCCAACCGGACAGAGCUUGAGAGGAUCUGCAGAGUAGAAUGGGAGAAACUCCCCCAAAUACAGGUGUGCGAAGCUUGUAGCGUCAUACCCAAGAAGACUCGAGGCUGUAAUCGCUGACAAAGGUGUUUCAACAAAGUACUGAGUAAAGGGUCUGAAUACUUAUGUAAAUGUGAUAUAUAAUUUUUUUUUUGUUGCUUUGUUAUUAUGGGGUAUUGUGUGUAGAUUGAUGAGGGGGGGAAAAAAAUCAAUUUAAUCCAUUUUAGAAUAAGGCUGUAACGUAAGAAAAUGUGGAGAAAGUCAAGGGGUCUGAAUACUUUCCGAAUACGCUGUACACUACAUCUUGUUAUUGACAGCCAAGUCAAAGCGACGCAAAAUGCGACUAAAUGGUCGCAGUCUGGAGCCCUGGUGCGUACAAAGUUCACUAACAAUGUUUAAACUAAAGCCUAAAUAAACUACUCAAGUCUUAUUAAACUGGGACAGGGUGAAAUGAAGCUUUGUGAUGAGUGCCUGUAAUGGCCUGACCGGAAAGGAACUGCAUAACAGAGUAGCUCCUGUCUGUGUUAUGUGAGGAGCAGGGGCGGAUUGGCCAUCUGGCAAGUCUGGCAAAUAUCAGAUGGGCUGCACAAUAUUUUUAGUUGGGUGGGCUGGUCGAAAUUGACACACAAAAAUAUUUGAAAAGGGAAAUCAAAUUAAGGUGACAUGGCUGGCGGCCCAUGAGCCUGCUAAUAUUAUUAUUAUAUUAUUAUUAUUAUUAUUAUAUAUUUUCUUUGCAUAAUUUCUCUAUUACACUUAUCUAUAAUGAGCCUUUGGCUGAUCAGUGGGCAACGGCUGGCCCCUCUACCAAGAUGGACCGGCCCGGUUUCCUGAUAGGCUGAGCUGAGGUCACGUAAACUCGCAUUCAAAGUCAAACAGGGCAUCAGCAAAGAGACCUUCUCCGACUAUAAAAGUAGAAAGGGCACAUUCUACAUUGUCACCUCACUCAAAAUGACUACUAAAACCCUGAUUUGAUCAUACAGUAAAGUGCAUUAUCCUGUCCAGUUCAAGUGUUCAGCAAUGUGAUGGCUUGUAGAUAGAAACAGUCUCUGAGCCUGUUGGUAUCAGACCUCAUGCUCUGAUACCGUCUGCUCGACGGUAAGGGAGUGAACAGCUCGUGGCUGGGGUAAUUUGGUCACAACCGGUUUUGAUUUAAGAACAAAGGCCUGGUCUUCCCGUCUUUCUGACUUUUUGGUUGAAGUGAAAUGUAUCAACUAGAAAAACAAUAUCUCUUAGACUCCAAAGUCGGCAUGAUUGCCUAACUGAUCUAGACAUGGGAAACCAGAACUGUGAAGUCUGUGGCCAAUCCAUUAAAUCAGUUGAUAAUUGUUUUCCGGUGGAUAAAGAACCAGUCAAAACUUCCGGACCUCCAGGACGAGCUAAAUAGCUCUUUGGCUCAGCCGAACUAUAAUAUUCACUAAAUAAUGAACUUCAUUGUACAGUGCUGUGAAUCACGACCCCCUAAUGCUUACCGAUUCCAGUUCUACAGCAUAUGGCUGAUACAAUGUAGUACUGACUUCACACACCCUAUUUGACACCACUGCCACACAUGUCACAGGCCUUAGACAGGAGGGACACAGUGGUGGGAGUAGGAUGGAAUACUGGGAAGGAGCAUGGUGAUAUCAUGUGUUCUCUCCUCAGGCUCACCAUGGCCCUGGUGGCUGGAUGCUGACUGAUAUACUCAGUGUAUUUGAGUGAGGUUAAAGUGCACAAAUAAUCAUCCUUAGUAAUUUAACCUCGUACCUAGCGACCACAUCGUGUCACGUCGUCGUGCCGAUAAUUACAGUACCACAUACCAUCUUGCUUUUAUUAUUGCUUUAUUAUCCCUACCCUUUUAAGCAAUAAUUAUCAACACAGCUAGCUUUGAUACAGCUGGUAAUGACUGCGUGGGUCACUUUGCCGAUCUCAGCCAUCACAGAUUAUAAUCCGUCAUCAUGAUGCUGCAAAGUCUUUAGUGCGUCAGGCUUCCCAGCAGACCGCGGGUUUGAGGUCACUCUAGUUCUGGGGCUGUCUGAGUCACUAGUUUUGCUUGGUCAUGAAUAAUUUGACACACACACACUCGCAUAUAUAUAUAUAUAUAUCUGUCUCUUCUCUCCUCUCCAGGCCCUGCAGCAUGGAUUCUUUGACUUUGAGACAUUUGACGUGGAUGAAUACGAGCACUACGAGGUAAUGUUGUCAUGGUGACCUUAGACCCGCUUCAAUAAUAAGCGCUCACUCAUCAGUUUGAACAGCGGAGCAUCUGUAAAUGCAAACCACAGCACCCCUACAAUAUUCACAAUCCCACUCUAAAAUCUUACGCAACUCUGUGCUCCACUGAUGACCUGACAUUACUUUUUAGAUUCAUGAAUAGUUAUCUGUGAGCGUUAUCAGUUUCAUUUGACCCGACUCGGAAAGAACGGACAGAAAAUUGUCACCGAAAAAACUGUUUGGCACGUAGUCACUAAAACAAAAGCAGCAAAGAAGAGGAAUUAGUCCUUCGUAAAUUGAGCGGUUGUUGAUAAUGACCGCUCCUCAAUUUAGGUUGUUACUGAAGAUGGCUACUAACUGGUGGCCAAUCUGAUUAAAUAAAGGCUAAAUUCUUAGGAUCAUUUUUCAGUCAGAGCAAAAUGUCCAUAUAAUUCUGGGCCCCUGUUUGAUGUCCUUUCCCCCCCAUUUUUUAAAACCUUUAUUUAAACAGGGAAAUCCCAUUGAGACCAAGGCCUCCAUUACAAGGGAGCCCUGCAUGUACACAAUUAUACAGAUUCACAAGAUUUACAAUCAGUCGAGAAAAUCAGUCUUCUCCCUUCGCUCUGUGUUUAUAGCGAGUGGAAAACGGUGACUUCAACUGGAUCGUGCCGGGGAAGUUUCUGGCCUUCAGUGGACCCCAUCCCAAAAGUAAAAUUGAAAAUGGUGAGAUGAGUUUUGGAUUCAGUCCUUGACCUUUUUAUGUGCUCUUUUCCUUUAAGAAAAACAACAGCUGUUCCAGAUUAAUUUAGUAAAGUUGUCUCCACCGAUGAACCUUUGACAGGGUUUAGAUUCAGGUUUAGAUUCAGGUAGACUCCCUAUGCAUCUGUUCUAGUUAAUCCUUUCUCCUCUGUAACAGCAGAUGGCACCAUUGGUGUAGUAAUACGUUUGACAACAUACUAAGGAAGAUUGCUCUAUGCUUCAACAGAAUCAGUUUUCCUUACCUACGUUUUACACAAAUUAACUGACCUGAAUCUCCUUCCCCUCCCAACCUAGGCUACCCUCUCCACGCCCCAGAGGCGUACUUCCCCUACUUCCGGAAACACAACGUGACCACGGUGGUGCGGCUCAAUAAGAAGAUCUACGACGCCAAGCGCUUCACGGAUGCCGGCUUCGACCACUACGACCUGUUCUUCGUGGAUGGCAGCACACCCAACGACGUCAUCACCCGCCGCUUCCUGCACAUCUGCGAGAGCACUGAUGGAGCCGUGGCCGUCCACUGCAAGGGUGAGACGCGCGCACACACACACACACACACACACACACACUGCAGUAUCUGUUGAGAUAUGUAAAAUAUCUGAAAUACCUGAGAUGUGCUUGAUUUGGCUUGCCUGGCAUAUGGAGUCUGCUUUUAUGGGACUAUAUAGGUGUAUUGCGUUGGUGUGCCUGGCAAGCUAAAUCAAGCGCACCCUGAGUAUUUUAAAUAUGUAAAGAGGGAUUUUAGAGUUCACUCUUCAUUUCAAAGUAGUUUGGCUGCCAUGUUGGCGGAGCCAAGUUAAUCAGUAAUGCAACUGUAGGAUACAUUUUGGAUUCUUGGCCCCGAAGGCCUGUUUCUGUAGGUCUGAUACUUGGCUUAACAAGUCACAUAAUAAGUUGCAUGGACUCCCGCUGUGUGCAAUAAUAGUGUUUAACAUGAUUUUUGAAUGACUUCUUCAUCUCUGUACCUCACACAUACAAUUAUCGGUAAGGUCACUCAGUCGAGCAGUGAAUUUCAAACACAGAUUCAACCACAAAAGACCAGGGAGAUUUUCCAAUGCCUCGCAAAGAAGGCCACCUAUUGGUAGAUGGGUAAAAUUUUUAAAAAGCAGACAUUGAAUAACCCUUUUGAACAUGGUGAAGUUAUUAAUACAAAGUGUUCUGUUCCAAUUCAUCCCUAAGGUGUUCGAUGGGGUUGAGGUCAGGGCUCUGUGCUGGCCAGUCAUGUUAUUCCACACCGAUCUCGACAAACCAUUUCUGUAUGAAACUCGCUUUGUACACGGGGGCGUUGUCAUGCAGGAAAGGGCAUUCACCAAACUGUUGCCACAAAGUUGGAAGCACAGAAUCAUGUUAUUGUAUGCUGUAGGAAAACCUGCAAAAUCGGCAGUGUAUCAAAUACUUGUUCUCCCCACUGUAAAUAGCAAAUAUCAAGGAAUUAAGUGGUUAAAAAGUACUGAUUUAUAGAACUUCUUCCAUUUUCUAAUAAUUGCGCCAACAGUUGUUGCCUUCUCACCAAGCUGCUUGCCUAUUGUCCUGUAGCCCAUCCCAGCCUUGUGCAGGUCUACAAUUUUAUCCCUGAUGUCCUUACACAGCUCUCUGGUCUUGGCCAUUGUGGAGAGGUUGGAGUCUGUUUGAGUGUGUGGACAUGUGUAUUUUAUACAGGUAACGAGUUCAAACAGGUGCAGUUAAUACAGGUAAUGAGUGGAGAACAGGAGCGCUUCUUAAAGAAAAACUAACAGGUCUGUGAGAGCCAGAAUUCUUACUGGUUGGUAGGUGAUCAAAUACUUAUGUCAUGCAAUAAAAUGCAAAUGAAUUACUUAAAUCAUACAAUGUGAUUUUCUGGAUUUUUGUUUUAGAUUCCGUCUCUCACAGUUGAAGUGUACCUAUGAUAAAAAUUACAGACCUCUACAUGCUUUGUAAGUAGGAAAACCUGCAAAAUCGGCAGUGUAUCAAAUACUUGUUCUCCCCACUGUAUAUAUCUCAAGACCUGAAAAUGGUUGUCUAGCAAUGAUCAACAACCAAUUUGACAGAGCUUAAUGGGCAAAUGUUGUACAAUCCAGGUGUGGAAAGUUAUUCGAGACUUACCCAGAAAGACUCGCUGCCGAAGGUGCUUCUACAAAGUAUUGACUCGGGUGUGAAUACUUAUUUAAAUGCCAUAUUUCUGUAUUUAAUUUUCAAUACAUUUGCUAACAUUUUUAAAAACAUGUUUUCGCUGUCAUUAUGGAGUAUUGUAUGGAGUAUUGUAUGUAGAUGGGUGAGAUUCUUUUAAAAUUCAGGCUGUAACACAACAAAAUGUGGAAUAAGUGAAGGGAUAUGAAUACUUUCUGAAAGCACUGUAUGUUACUUUUAAUCUGUUCUAUUCAUUUCCUUAUUUCUGAAACAUUACCUCAUUGUUUUCUCUAUCUCGUCAUCAGCUGGCCUUGGGCGUACUGGUACCCUGAUAGGCUGUUACCUGAUGAAGCACUACCACUUCACGGCAGCAGAGACCAUCGCCUGGAUCAGGGUCUGCCGGCCGGGCUCCGUUAUCGGCCCUCAGCAGCACUUCUUGGAGGAGUAAGUACUCCUAAUAGCUGGUCCUAGAUCAGUUUCCUUCAGCUACAUGUCCCAUUCAUAUACACUGAACAAAAAUAUAAACGCAACAAUGUCAAAGAGUUUAAUGAGUUACAUUUCAUAUAAGGAAAUCAGUCAAUUGAAAUAAAAUCAUUAGGCCUUAAUCGAUGGAUUUCACAUGACUGGGAAUACAGAUAUUAAUCUGUUGGUCACUGAUGCCUUUUAAAUAAAUAAAUAAAAAAUCCAGCAUGCCAGUGGCCAUCGAAGGUGAGCAUUUUCCCACUGAAGUCGGUUAUGACGCCGAACUGCAGUCAGGUCAAGAUCCAGGUGAGGACGACGAGCACGCAGAUGAGCUCCUCUGAGACGGUUUCUGACAGUUUGUGUAGAUGUUGUGCAAACCCACAGUUUCAUCAGCUGUCCAGGUGGACUGGUCUCAGAGAAUUAUUGGCACACUGCUCGCUUAACCCGGAAGCCAGCCGCACCAAUGUGUCGGAGGAAACGCUGUACAACUGGCGACCGUGUAAGCGUGCAUUCGCCCGGCCAGCCACAGGAGUCGCUAGAACGCGAUGGGACAAGGACAUCCCAGCUGGCCAAACCCUCCCCUAACCCGGAUGAUGCUGGGCCAAUUAUGCGUUGCCUCAUGGGUCUCCCGGUCGCGGCCGGCUGCGACACAGCCCGGGAUCGAACCCGGAUCUGUAGUGACACCUCUAGCACUGCGAUGCAGUGCCUUAGACCGCUUGGUAACUCGGGAGGCUAACGAUCAUUAUGUUCAAUCAGCUUCUUGAUAUACCACACCUGUCAGGUGGAUGGAUUAUCUUGGUCAAGGAGAAAUGCUCACUAACAGGGAUGUAAACAAAUGUGUGCACAAAAUUUGAGAGAAAUAAGCUUUUUGUGCGUAUGUAACAUUUCUGGGAUAUUUUAUUUCAUCUUAUGAAACAUGGGAUAAUUUAUAUUUUUGUUCAGUAUACAUUUUUUUUGGACAUUUGAGUAUUUUUGAAGACGCUCUUGUCCAGAGCAAAUUACUCUUUGAAGAGGUAGAGUUUCAGACGUUUUUCGGAAGAUGGGCAGGGACUCUGCUGUCCUGACGUUAGAGGGAAGCUGGUUCCACCAUUAGGGUGCCAAGACUGUCUUGAUGUCGUUUUCUCACCUUUGACUACCAGUUCGACUUGUUCUUUCAGUUGCUACAGGGCAUUCAGUUGCAACUGUAGGGGGUGCCUGGAAAUGUUUGCAGCACCAAAUGUUUGUGCCUCAGGUUAUGACCAGAGGGGAAUCCUAUGAAGCAGGUUUGAGCAGUGCUUAAUUUGUAAAUUUGGAGGUGCCGGAACAAAAGGUGAGCGAGAUAAGGGGGUGACCUGGGGGGCUCUGAGGUACCGGAUUACAUACAUUUUUUAAAUAAAAACAUUAUAAUAAAGCAUUGCAUGCAUUAUCAUCGCUUUUGCGUAGUGGCAUAGAGCAGUAGUGUAGAGGCGCUUGCAGAAGUUGCACACGUGGCCUUUUUUAUAAAGACAGAUUGAUAUUCUCUUUUCAUCAGGAGCCAUUUGCUUUCCAACCUGUGUUUUCCUGCGAUUGUAUUUGAAAUAUUGCGAAAGGCCUGUUUUUGGUUGCAUGCUGUUCACUGACAGAUUGAAAUCAGAUUCCCUCCCUCUUGCAAGGAUCAUCCCCUUUUUAAUUUGAUGAAGACGACUGAUUUUUAAAAUAUUUGAUUAAUACAAUUUAGUAAUGUUAACCUAUAUCACGUUACACAUUUAGCAAUGACAGAGUGCAUCUUAAAUUUAAUGUAACACUUUUGUAUGACUUAAUAACAAGAAGAAUAUUGCUAGAAGUGGGGGGAAAAGGUGCUUGUGCAUUGAUAAGCACACUAACGACAACAUUCCACACCAUAGCCUGCUGAAUCUGCUAGAACUUUUCUUAAAUUUUGAUUUCCAAACAAAUUAAAACGUGGCACUGACUUGUGCGUGGAUUGGUGUUUCAGCAUGGUCUCAAUGAAGAGUUCGGCGUUCGACUAGCCGUGUGCGACAUGCACACGCAGUUACAAGCCUGCUAGAGUUCACGGCGGGCGGACAAGCAAUAUCCACGGUCGUAGUACAGAUGAAUCCUGAGCUGGAUUGUGAAGCUAACUGAUGCUGGUUAGCUUUAGAAAACCCUGAGUAGAUCAAGCUUGCUUCUUUGAAUACCGUUCAGAUGAAAUGCUGAAUUGUUCCAAAUUGUUGUAGAUUUUAGCAGGGGAGAAUCUGUAAUUGUGUUUUUCUUUAUACCAGUUCAGUAAAAUGUGUGACCUGACCUCUUCUUUCUUGUUGCUGACUAAAGCAGAAACUCUAGCUCUGUGUGUGUGUGUUGUCAAGGGGAGAACACACUCUUGUUCUGAACCACAUCUUUUUUUUGUUACGUUCCAUCCAGCAAUAUAAAGUUCCGAACCGGUUCAAACCCUCAAAAAGUACUGGUUAAUAUCGUUCCUUUCUUUUCCUUUUUUAACCUGUGAAAUCAACAGUUUUUUAAAUAUAUUUAUCUUAUUAAAUGACUUCACCAAUCAGUGUGGAUAGGGCAGUCAAGCUAGUUGUUUACAUGGGUGAUGGACAGACAAGUGUAGCCUAUGGCGCAAGAUGCGACUGAAAUUUUGCGGUUGAGGAGAGAUUGAGAGCGGGUUGAGGAGGAGGUAUGAAGCGCUGGACAUCUUGUUAUGACAUGCAUUAUCUGAAUUAGGUCCACAGAAUUAUACAGCUUGCAGAUUUACUACUUUUCAGCUUGCAGGCAGACACUGAAAUACAUUUCUGAGUGACAGAGUGAGGUCUUUGCAUGGGCGCUUUGUCGUAUUUUUUGUGAGAAACAAAUGCCUGGAACGUAAAAUAAUGUUAUUAACCUGUUCCUUAUUUUCGGGUUGUUCCCUGAACUGGUUCCAUCCCCAGCUUUAAACACAUGCCUGUGAUAUGUGGUUGUCCCACCUAGCUACCUUUUGAAUACCCCUCUGAUGAAAUGCUGAAUUCUUCUGAAUUGUUGUAGAUUUUGGCAGGGGAGAAUCUGUAAUGUUUAUUUUUAUACCAGUUCAGCUUUCGGUGUGUGUGUGUGUGUGUGCGCAUUGUCUGUCCAUUUCCUGUUAGACUUUCCCCCAUGGAGGAGUGUGUUCUCCCCUUAACAACACACACCAGUAGGACGCGUUUGACAGCUUUUCAGGCUUACCCAACAGCCGUUCUGUGGGAAAUGUGUGUCUGUGUGUGUCUGCUUGAGGGUUUUUGUGUUUAAACCAUGGGUUGGAACCUAGCUAUCUUAGGUGAAUGCACUAACUGUAAGUCACUCUGGAUAAGAGCAACUGCUAAAUGACUAAAAUGUAAAUGUUGUUUGUCCUAAUUUCUCCAAUCUGUCCAUGUUCUGGGGUGAACAAAGGGGUAAAGAUGAAAUGGGGUUCUUGGUCAAAUCUGCUCCGCUCUUUUCAAUCCUUAAACAGCAGUUGUGGUCUUAUCUCUUGGCAUAGUUUCCAUCCCAGUGCAAUGGAAUGGUAUGGAGAAGCUGGUCUGUAUUGGUCUCUCUGAUCAGGGCACAAGUGACAUGGUGUUAUAGACUUGAGGUCACACGGUAGGCGAGGGUGUACUAAUGCAACCUCUCUAUCUUUCCAUCUCUCUCCUUCCCUCUUUCUCUCUCCCUCCCUCUCUCUUUUGUCUCAGGAGGCAGGCAGCCAUGUGGAUGCAAGGGGACAUGCAGCGUUCGCAGCAGAAGCAGCCGAGGGGCGUGUCUCACCUCAUCACCAGCAUGGAUGACCUCACCCUCAGACCCACCCACACCUCCAUCACCACCAGCAGCCCUGCUGGCAUCCUCAGGUCCCACAGUACCGACCGCCUCCAAGAGGUCAGUGCCACCCACAACCCUGCCCUGGGUCCUGUUCAUUAGGCACCAAACGGAAUAAAACAGGCUGAAACAAAAAUGAGCGUUUCUUAUUGGACAAGGUAGUCCCUCCCUGUUUCAGUCCGUUCUCUUCCGUUUGGUGCCUAAUGAACACGACCCUGACAAUGCCCCAUUUUCCCUGUUGAUGUGAUGUACAACUGCAUUGUUUCCAACUGAGGUUGCAGAUAUUCCCCUACCUUUUAUGGAAAACCAAUUUUAGUGUUCUGUCUGUUGAUUGGAGAAAGUCUGCGGUGUAUUAUUUAGUACAUACCUGUAAUGGAAUGAGUUUCAUUUAUUAUUCAAACCAGCACUAGACAGUCUACAGCAGUGUUUCCCAAACCCGGUCCUCGGGACCCCAUAUUUUUGUUUUUGCCCUAACACAACACAGUCAUCAAAGCUUGAUGAUUAGUUGAUUAUUUGAAUCAGCUGUGUAGUGCUAGGGCAAAAACCAAGAUGUGCAUCCCUUGGGGUCCCGAGGACCGAGUUUGGGAAACCCUGGACUAGAGGAUUUAUUUUUAUAGACAACUGUUCUUAUACACCAAACAGUACCAUUUUUUGCUCUGUUAAUCCAAUCUACUGUAGAUAAUUAGCCACAUUAUCGUAUGGGAUCAUGUGUUCUCUCCACAGAACGACGAAAUUGGGGAGAACGGGCUAUGCAUGACCCAAGGAGAUAAACUGCGUGCCUUAAAGGGCCGGCGCCAGCCCAGGUCGGCCACAACAGGAGCCCUAAGGUAAGAGCUGCCUGGGAUACCCCAAACUUCCCCUUUUAAGAUCCUCCCGCCUUAUUAGUUUCCACCUUUUUGAGAUCUCAAGGACUGUCCUCUGCGCUAUGGAAAGUAAUGCAUAGUUAAGUAUUUCAGUUAGACAUUUCGGUUAGAAACAUUUGUUACUCAACCUUUAAUGUCGUUCUAUUACAGGUGAAACAUUUAUACAGGAGAUAUCAGAUCAGUGUACGUCGAGGCAAAACAAAACGCUGAGCUGAAGUAAAUAGAGAUCAAGCCAGAAGUGUACUGAACAAAAAUAUAAACGCAACAAUUUCAAAGAUUUUACGGAGUUACAGUUCAUAUAAGGAAAUCAGUCAUUUGAAAUAUAUUAAUUUGGCCCUAAUCUAUGGAUUUCACAUGACUGGCCAGGGGUGCAGUCAUGGGUGGGCCUUGGAGGGCAUAGACCCACCCACUUGGGAGCCAGGCCCAGCCAAUCAGAAUUAGUUUUUCCCCACAAAAGGGCUCUAUUACAGACAGAAAUACUCCUCAGCACCGGUUGGACGUACUGCCAAAUUCUCUAAAACGACGUUGGAGGCAACUUAUGGUCGAGAAAUUAGCAUUCAAUUAUCUGGCAACAGCUCUGGUGGACAUUCCUGCAGUCAGCAUGCCAAUUGCACGCUCCCUCAACUUGAGGCAUUGUGUUGUGUGAUAAAACUGCUCAUUUUGAAGUGGCCUUUUAUUGUCCCCAGCACAAGGUGCACCUGUCUAAUGAUCAUGCUGUUUAAUCAGCUUCUUGAUAUGCCACACCUAUCAGGUAGAUGGAUUUUCUUGGCAAAGGAGAAAUGCUCACUAACAGGGAUGUAAACGAAUUUGUGCACAAGAUUUGAGAGAAUUUUUUUGUGUGUAUGGAACAUUUCUGCAAUUUAUUUUUAUUUCAGCUCAUGAAACAUGGGACCAACACUUUACAUGUUGUGUUUAUAUUUUGUUCAGUGUAAUUUUGCUGGCACGACAAGUUCCGGUUGGCAUGGAAACCACCGCCCUGCUGGUUCAUUGUCGAGGAGGCUUCAAGUUGUAUUAGUCAUAUGUACGGGAUACACAUAGGAUACAUCAUUCAACGAAAUGGAAUGAUUUGGAUUUAUCUGUCUUUGUCUAGCGCUGUCUUCUAGCUAGUGAGACAGUCUGUGGCUCUGUGAUCUGAUUCGGGGCUCUGGUUUCCAUGGUUACCUAGCUGAAAUAACACAAGCACUGUCAGGCAGGAUAUUCAGUAUAUUGGCUCAGUGUCAUGCUGGGGUUUUCUGUUAAAUACUUGCUUUACUGACUUAGUAAUCAGUAAAGUGCUUCAAAAGCUAGUCUAGUAAUACCUACUUUCCCAGCGCUCUAAGGAAAUAUACAGUGCAUUCGGAAAGUAUUCCGACCCCUUGACUUUUUCCAUUAAACCCCAUAAUGACAAAACAAAAACAGGUUUUUAGAAAUGUUUGCAAAUGUAUUAAAAAUCAAGAACUGAAAUGUCACAUUUACAUAAGUAUUCAGACCCUUUACUCAGUACUUUGUUGAAGCAUCUUUGGCAGCCAUUACAGCCUCGAGUCUUCUUGGGUAUGACGCUACAAGCUUGGCACACCUGUAUUUGGGGAGUUUCUCCCAUUCCUGUCUGCAGACCCUCUCAAGCUCUGUCAGGUUGGAUGGGGAGCGUCGCUGCAAAGCUAUUUUCAGGUCUCUCCAGAGAUGUUCGAUCGAGUUCAAGACCGGGCUCUGGCUGGUCCGCUCAAGGACAUUCAGAGACUUGUCCCAAAGCCACUCCUGCGAUGUCUUGGCUGUGUGCUUAGGGUUGUUGUCCUGGUGGAAGGUGAACCUUCGCCCCAGUCUGAGGUCCUGAGCACUCUGAAGCAGAUUUUCAUCAAGGAUCUCUCUGUACUUUCUGCCGCUGAAAAACAUCCCCUCAGCAUGAUGCUGCCACCACCAUGCUUCACCGUAGGAAUGGUGCCAGGUUUCCUCCAUAUGUGACGCUUGGCAUUCAGGCCAAAGAGUUCCAUCUUGGUUUCAUCAGACCAGAGAAUCUUGUUUCUCAUGGUCUGAGAGUCCUUUGGUGCCUUUUGGCAAACUCCAAACGGCCUGCUGUGCCUUUUACUGAGGAGUGGCUUCCGUCUGGCCACUCUACCAUAAAGGCCUGAUUGGGUGAGUGCUGCAGAGAUGGUUGUACGUCUGGAAGGUUCUCCCAUCUCCACAGAAGAACUCUGGAGCUCUGUCAGAGUGACCAUCGGGUUCUUGGUCACCUCCCUGACCCAAGGCCCUUCUCCCCCGAUUGCUCAGUUUGGCCGGGCGGCCAGCUCUAGGAAGAGUCUUGGUGGUUCCAAACUUCUUCCAUUUUAGUAUGAUGGAGGCCGCUGUGUUCUUGGGGACCUUCAAUGCUGCAGACAUUUUUUGGUACCCUUCCCCAGAUCUCUGCCUCGACACAAUCCUGUCUCGGAGCUCUACGGACAAUUCCUUCGACCUCAUGGCUUGGUUUUUGCUCUGACAUGCACUGUGAACUGUGGGACCUUAUAUAGACAGGUGUGUGCCUUUCCAAAUCAUGUCCAAUCAAUUGAAUUUACCACAGGUGAACUCCAAUCAAGUCGUAGAAACAUCUCAAGGAUGUUCAAUGGAAACAGGAUGCACCAGAGCAACAUUUUGAGUCUCAUAGCAAAGGUCUUAAUACUUAUGUAAAUAAGUUAUUUCUGUUUUAAUUUUUUUUAUACAUUUGCAAACAUUUCUAAAAACCUGUUUUCUCUUUGUCAUUAUGGGGUAUUGUGUGUCGAUUGAUAAGUAAAACAAAUAAUUUAAUCCAUUUUAGAAUAAGGCUGUAACGUAACAAAAUGUGGAAAAAGGUCAAGGGGUCUGAAUACUUUCCGAAUGCACUGUAAGUGUGCAAACAUGCUGCCUCUGGAAAUAAACCCUCAUUUAUCAUUCUUCCUCUUUUUUUUCCCAGACUCGAAGACAUGAAAAUGCACACCAGGUCACCAUCCCAACCUUUUAGGUACCUUUACAAUAGUGUUGACUAUGCUAUUUGUCUAUGUGGCAGGGGUGUAUCCUAGCUAUCACAAAACACACACAGUCUCCUCAAUAGAAGUGGCAUCAACACCUCUCUCGAGUCUCAACACAUAUCUCUGCACACACAAUGUCCCUCACAUGCUACCAUGCCUGCCUAUAUUUCAUUCAAUUCGGUGCAAAGUAUAGCUCAACUCAAGCUGGAACUAGUCUACCUCCAGCACAGUGCUGGAUGGCCAGAGGUAGAGGCGGAGAGGCGACUUGGAGUGUGAAGAGGGGAUGGAAAUAGAACUCCCUCUUUUGUGCUAAAGUACAGCCCUUAAUUAAUUUUCCUCAGAGGAGCGAGAGAAGAGGGCUCUUACACAGCUCUCUCUCCUCCCACUCCUUUAGUCCUCGUUCUUUCACCUACUCAAAGGUGGCGUGUUUGUUGUGUGUGUGUGUUUGUUUGCUUGCGUGUAUCUCUGCAUGUGUGUGUCUGUCUACUUGACAGCGUGUGUGUGUGUCACUGAAAGAGGCUACUCAGACUAGCACAAUCUCCUCUAAUUGCUGUACCUUCCUGAAUGAAGAUGAAGUCCUUCAGCCCAGUACAGACAGACUUUCUUUCUUUUUCUUUCUUUCUUUCUUUCUUUCUUUCUUUUUUCUUUUUUCUUCUUUUUUUCACUUUUUUUCUUUCUUUCUUUUUUUCUUUCUUUCUUUCUUUCUUUCUUUCUUUCUUUUUUUCUUUCUUUCUUUCUUUCUUUCUUUCUUUCUUUCUUUCUUUUUUUCUUUAUUUCUAGCAGGAUGAACCUUGGAGUGGGCACUCAGGGUACCAUCUCCCCCCUCAAGACAUCCAAAGUCCCAUCAUCCUCUGCUUCCGCCACGGCCAAGAGAAUCAGCCACAGCUCCUCCUCCUCGGCGUCCAACCUCAAGAGGUGAGCCCAACCCCCUGCACACCCCUCCCCGUACACUUCUUACCCUUUACUCCUCUUCUUUUUUUUUUUUAUCUACUCACUCUUUCUUUCUCCCCGCUCUCCUUCCAUUUCUUCCUCCCUUUUCUUCCUGUUUCAUACUGCGUAGCCUCCCAUCCCUCCAUUUAUCCACUUACCCUUUCUCUUGCCUCCUGUAGAUUUAGUCUUUUCCUCCUCUAACCUUUCUCUCCUUCCCUCUCUUUCCCUCUCCUUCUGGGGUGUCUCAUUCCCCUGGUUGUGUUUCUGCCUGUCUGUGACUACCCCAUGUCCUGAGAGCAAGUGGCAGGUGGAAGGAUACGCAGUUGCAGGACCGGGAACACGUGUGCAGUGUGUCUCACUGACCAGACCGAUUGACGCGCUGCAGGCUGUGAGCUUUCCCAACAGACCAAAUCUAAAUCCCCUGCAUUCUGCACUGCUAGAGACAGAAACAGGCAGAUAACACAACAGAGAAACAUGCCACAAAAACCUCUCCUCUGGAGCGGUACAAGACCUACUCUGCUUUGUGGUCUGUUCAGGAUUUGUUAAUGUCUUUAUUUUUCUAUUCUACUGAAUGAUUUAACAUUGAAUGUGUAGGUAGGGAGCCAUGGCAAUGACUACUCCAGAUUCCUCCCGGUGAAUCAGUCUACUAUUACUGUCUGAAUAAAUCCACUAUUGCAGACUGCUCGCCGACAGUGUAAAUCAGUUUUGUGUAAUAGGGCUAACCCCAUUUAGUCGACUGGUCGAUUGUUGGUCGAUAGAGUGUUGGUUGACUGCUAAUUUUUUAGUCGAGCAGUCUUGAUUCACGCUGUCUCAGUGGACUAAUCCAUUGUGGAGGCCGCAGGGAUGGCUCACCAGUAGUACAUUUACCUUCAUUCCCAUCAUUUCUCAUCUACAAUGUUUGUUUGGUUACUGUAAUUUUUGUUAACAAAUUAAAAAUACUAUUAUUACAGUAUUUUACAGUUCUCAUUGUCGGAGUGGACACGUUGUUUGCAGACCGCACAACCUAGGCUACACCUUUGAGAAACAAGUUUUGAUUUAUUUCAUUCCAUUUACGAGUUGGCAAUUUAUUCAUUUUGUUUUGUUUGGAGCACUCCUGUCAAUGUUGAGCAAGGACAUGCACCGGAUUCCGCAUAGAAGUAGGCCUAGGCUACCUGGCCUUCGUGCAAAUGUAGGCUUAUCAAUGUGCCCAUUUGGGGAUCUGAUAGUAUUUCUGAUUGUCUUAACUCACCACCACUAAUGAGCUGUGGAGCUUCUCAAAGUAUUUUUUUGUGGAGCUUCUCAAAUAAUAUUUUAUACAAUGUUGCAAAUUUGUUAGUGCAAGCUUCGGGCUGGACCAAGAUAGUUAAUACAAUGAUUCAAGUUCCUUGCAGACAGGCCAUGCGUAGCCAAUGUGAUUUAUUUAUUUUUAUCAGGAUAUGUUCUACCUGCAGCCUGCAAUGUUUUUAUUUGUUGGUUUUAUGCAAGUUAUUUUUACGUAGUUGGCAAUGGCAAUAGAAGUUACUUUUAGAUUUGUAUAAUUUUCAUUUAGAUAUAAUAUGACAAUGAUUUUGAGAUACGAAGACUUUAUUCUAAAAGAAAUGAAACUGUUCCACGAAAAUGUGCAUAUGAAAAUCGUAACUGGCACGCAGUAUAAAUGGUAAGAUAAAUUGGCACUCCAAAUGGAAAAGGUUGCCGGCCCCUGGUGUAGCCCAUUACCUGCAACUUCGGGAGUGUAAUGGGAGAAUCUGCAAAGGCCAGCAGCAGCGGGAUGAGGUGGUUCGGGAACAGUUUUUUUUUUCCGUUCUGGUUAGGUUAUCUUGAUCUCUGGCUCCCUCUUGUGUCAUUUGUGUGUCUUAAUUAUUUAAUCACAGUGUGCUUAAAGCAUCAGACAAGCUGAGUAGCCUACAUAUAGUUGAUUUUAUUAGAACACAUGGGGUGUGUCUAUCUAUGGAAAAAUACAAGUCUUAAAAUUUAGACCAGUCAAUUGUUCGAAAGAACAGACGACUCUUGGUCGACCAAGAUUUUAGUCUUGGACAGCCCUAGUGUGUAGAUCAAUCCACUAUUAGAUCCACAGUACCAGUACACAGUAGGCAGCCAUCCUCUCCUGAGCCUGUGAAAGAAGGCAGUGGAUAUCCUCUUGUCAUUGUGUUUGUUUGGUGUUUGGGAUGUGUCCUGUGUAUUUACAUGUCCCCUUCCCCGUUCCCUUCUACCUUUCCCUCAGCUCCUUCAUUAACGCCAGGCUAGCCAGCUCCUUAGGCAACCUGUACGCAGCCGACGGCAGCGAGGACAAUUGGAAGAUGCCGUACACCCCCUCUUCAUCACCCUCUUCCUCCUCUCCUCCCUCCACCGUCACCACCCCCAUCCCUCCGUCGGGCCGGGCCGUCCCCGUUCACGGCUACGUGGCUAACGGUAUGCGCGGAGCUAAUUACCACCACGAGGUCAACAACAAUCAGUAUAACUCCUCCCCUACCGGGGUCUUCAUCCACGGUGGCCCCGCAGGGGCCCCCCAACACGCUGCAGGCAGGCUGGGCCCCGGGCCUGAUGAAUACGGCCCCUUCAGACCCCAGCAAGGGGUCUACUCCAGGCUCAGUGGACCCUCCGGCCGCUACCUCAGCCGCUCCAUCCCCGUAAGUGUGCGUCCCCCACCCAAAAAAACGAAUUGGAUAUUUCUACUCUUUUACCCUUAUUUUGAACUGUCGUAUUUCCUCUCUGCACUUCUGUCAAACACAAGUUUGCUGCUGCAGGUUCUCCACUGUGUGUCUAACUCUCUGGCGGCUCAACUGAACUCCUCUCUAUUCCGCGUCUGUUGUUUGCAUGGUGCUGAAACAGGACCUGCGAUGUCCUAGUUCCACUCUAAAUGGCCACUUCAUACACACUAACCAUGGCUAUUAGGCCAUUUCACACCAGCUACGCGUCUCCAGUUAAAAUAAUUUACUGGCACAUUUGGGCAGAAGUCUAAUUAGUGUUAUGAACGAUGAAGUGCCUCUUCAAUUGUGUGUUGGGUGAGUCAUUUUGCGGAUCUGCUCUGCUCUUCCGUACCCUGUUAAUCUACUGUAUUCACCUCUGUUGAGUGGAUUGUAGCAUCACAUAACAAUUAAAAAUAAUAAAGCUGAUCAACAGAAUGAACACUAAACUGAAAAUGUGGUUGAACUACUAACCAGGUGGAUUCUGGGUAAACAAAGGUUUUUUGGACACUGGCCUCAUUUGGCUGAUGUGCGAGGUGCCUCAGUCAUGUGAUUUCCUCUUCAUUGGGUGAUUGGCUGGAUUUCAGGGUGGUUCGUUUUGGUUUCUGGCUUUAACAUAAUAAUAUAAUAAUAUGCCAUUUAGCAGACGCUUUUAUCCAAAGCGACUUACAGUCAUGCGCGCAUAAUUUUUUUUUGUGUAUGGGUGGUCCCGGGGAUCGAACCCACUUCCUUGGCGUUACAUCUAAUAAUGUAGCCAUCUAACAACACUUGAAACAUGAAGACUAAAAGAUAUUCACAUGCGUGUUCGAUAGAUGCAAGGGGAGGCCGAUCUCACACAUAAUUUCCCCCCCCAACAUCGUAGGCCAUCAUAUGCCUAAAAGAGAUUAUAGUUUGGGUCAUUUCCACUUCCAAUUGAUUCGGUCCUGGAAACGUAUACAUCUUUGUCCAUUCUGACUUUUGUGCUUUUUUUCAUUCAACGCUGGCCACCGGAAGGCCUUUGUAUACAUAUUUUUCAUUUAAAACUUUUUUUUCCAAAGAGGCCCUUUAUUAUCAAAUCUAGACUAUGUCGUUGUCCACUUGUACAGGGCAUUAUCCUAAGCGCAUCUAUCCAUCCAUCCAUCCAUCCUCAGAAGAAAGCUUCUCCCUCUGACUGCCUUAGCCCAACCCGGAGGGAAAUCCUAACUUCCCUUCUUAAAAGCAGUUGUUAGGGCGUUGUGCCAAUAACCGAAAGGUCGCUGGUUCGAAUCCCAGAGCCGACUAGGUGAAAAAUCUGUCAAUGUGCCCUUGAGCAAGGUGCUUAACCCUAAUUGCACCUGUUAGUCACUCUGGAUAAGAGUGUGCUAAAUGACUAAAAUCUUUUUUUAAACAUGUUUUUAGGCUGGCAGUCUGGCGCUGGACCCAAACGAUCUGCUCUCUGCUAUUACAAUGAUUUGACACGCUCAGCCAUACUGUAGCGCUCACUCAUUCCCUGAGAGGCCAGUCAAGUAAUCCUCCUCUUCCUUUAUAAUGAACAUAUGGAGGCCUUUCAUAGGCCCUGACCACGAGGGGGGCCUUUCAUAGGCCCCCACCACGAGGGGGGCCUUUCAUAGGCCCCGACCACGAGGGGGGCCUUUCAUAGGCCCCGACCACGAGGGGGGCCUUUCAUAGGCCCCGACCACGAGGGGGGCCUUUCAUAGGCCCCGACCACGAGGGGGGCCUUUCAUAGGCCACGACCACGAGGGCCAGACAUCUAAGGCUAGUUCCCAGAACUUCCCAUACUUGAUUCCGCUCAGAAUAGGAGGACACUGUUCAGACAAUUUAUGAUACAGAGCAGUACUUUCAAAGAUUGGUGCAGUGUCUCUCUCUUUUGGAUUACAUGGGGAAAGCUGGCGUUAUUUCUCAUUCUACACCACUUGUAGCAUUUUGGUGAUGUAGGAAUGCUGCUUUGUGCCAGCAUUCUCACAACUACUUCUCAGGCAACCUAGAGUGUUGCACCACUAUCAUUCAUUUAACAUUAAUUUGGCAUUGGAGCAGGGACAGACUAAAAAGCUGCUACCCUUGCACGGAUAUCAAGUUAAUUCACGUUCGUUCUCCAUCCCCUUGCCUACUAAAUAAAGUGUAGAUUAAAUCUCAUCAUCUUCCAAUCUACUCCCCUAACCCUUCCUAGGUGAUAGUGACACACCAUUCUGGCAGCCACCAGCCCACAAACCGUGUGAAUAGGAGGUACCAGGUGAUGUGACGGAUAGUGAGUGGUUAUGGCAGAGGGGGUGGUUGACAAUGGGGAAUAUUGGAGGACUAUCUGGUAUGAAUGUCCCUGCUGUCCUCUCAUUUCCUUGUUUUGCCAGUCAGUGGAGUUGUGGCUUUAUCAGAAUCACAUACGCUUUUUCCUUCUCUCUCUCUGUCUCUCGCUCUCUCUCUCUCUCUCUCUCGUUCGCUCCCUUCUUGCAACAUGCCUCCCACCCCCAUCUGUUUGUCAGUCCUGCUAAUUCCUUCUCUAGCUGCGUACCACUGCCCCCACCCCCACACACACAGAGACAGAGACACCCUGUCUGUCUUGUCCACUAUAAAUGUAUUCAUUAGUUCAGGCAAAUGCAUUUGGCAUUUUAAUGAUUGUAUAUUUUAAUGGCUUUUCUGUACCUUUGCAACCAACAGUUCUAUUGUACCCUGUUAGAAUAUAAUAUUUCAUGCAGGCUUGUUAUAUAACAACCUUCUCCCUGCAUGUUCUUUGUCUGCCGUCAACACUUUGAAAACAAUUCCAUGCAGAAAUAUGCUUUUCCAUUUGCCAUGGAGCCAUAGGUUGUGUUAUGAUGCCCUGUGAUUCACUGUCAUUAUACUCAACGUCAUAUUUUGUGUAUCUCUCCACCUCUUGCAGUCCCUUCAAUCUGAAUAUGUUGAAUACUAAAGCGGCGGUUCUGCGUUGACCAAGACCGGACAGCCAAUGUGACCACUGAACUGGGCGCGAUGGAGUCUCCCAUCCCCCUUUUUUGCUCUAUCCCCCCCUUCUCCCCCGCUUUCUCCCACAUACUGAAAAGGGAAUUGAAUAAACCAGGAGGCGCUAUAUGACAUAUGACAUUUAUUCUGCACUCUUGGCUUCUGGACGGCUGUGGUCUUUGGCGGCAGGCACAUAGACAGCCACAAACUCACAAGGGCUCAUGGAACUUUGCGUUUUGGGCUUCUUCUGUCAGCGUCAGACGGCCUUGAUUCACCUUAACGGAAGUCACUGUUAGGAUAAUACUAACAAAGAGAGAUUGUUUACCCAGAUAUAGUCAGGCUUUGCCAGGCUGUAACUAUGUGAGUGCUCUGUCUUUUUGAAGCUGAGAUAUGGCCAUAUACAGUAGACUGGAGGCUCUCUGCUUUCCUGCAUCACAUAUUUCCGUUUUAUGACUUGUACUGAAAAAAUCUGAUAUUUUCUGACGAAAGGAUUUUAUACAUGAAACAUGAAAAUUGUAUUGCCUGGAUAAAGAAAUAUGUUUAUAUUUACAAGUGGGUUAAAGAACAUGUUUUUGUUUAUCACAAUUCUAUUUUUGUCUCCCGAGUGUUACUACUUCACUAACAACAUCCAAAUAUGCGAGGGGUUUAUGGAGAAGUAUUUUGCGAGCCGUGUUCCUUAACAGCAAAGUAUUUGCCGCACAGUAGCAGGCUCAGGGUAAAGUGCUCUUGCAUUUCUGUUUCUGUUUCGUGCAUGAGAGUGUAGGCCACGUGUGCGUGCUGUACGUACCAUAGACCGUAUGAGAAUGUGCGUGCUGUACGUGAGCGUGUGUGAAUAAAUGAGAAUGAGUAGUGACAGUGUAUGUAGAGACCAUGUGUAUGCAGUUCUCCUCUGCCCAUGGAAUGAAAUAAUGACGUAUAGGGAAGAGAUGAGUGCUGUCUCCUCUUCACUAAUUUAAAUCGAUUUUUAUUGAAUUAAUCAAUUAAAUGGACUGGUGGGAUUUGGUACCCC